GCGGGGGUGGCCGGCGGUGGGCGGAGCUGCCCUGCCCUCUCACGACUUCCCGUGGCUCGCGCAGCUCGUUUCACUCGCCUGCCGCGGCCGAGCUGCACCUUGCGCCCUCGCCUCGACCCUCCUCCCCUCUCUCUUUUUUCGGCUUGGUACAGUCGCCAGCGCGGACCCUUUUCCGCUGGGAACUAUGGGCGCGAGAGGACGCUGCGUGAGCUGCCUGGCUGUGAGGCGCCUGCUGCUGCUGCUGCUCAGCUCAGGUAAGUCGGCGGCUUUCUUGUCGGGCAGGUGGGAACUCGCCCGCUGCAGCGGGGCAGGAGCUUCUGCUGUCGCCUCGGGACGCGCUUCUUCUGCUUCUUCUGAACUGCGGCGGGAUGCGCGGCGCUUGCAAAUCAAGGGCGCCUCUCUGCUUAACCCCCCCCCCCCCAAAUCCAACCAGCAUCGGAAAGAAAAGUCUCAUUUUGGGCUCCAUUUGUAAAUCUCCCCAGGAGGAAAACACAAACAAACCUUCUCUUCUCUGCUGGUGAAAACGCAGGAUGCCAUUCAGCUAAGUUUUACUUAGCGUAGGCCUAUUGAAAUUAAUGGGCUUGACUUUUGGUGGAUCUGGAAAACUUAGUCGCACUGCUGUCAGUCAUGGUGUGUGUGAAUGGCGCUUUUAACUCUCUUCUGUUGAAACCUGUGAGACUUGACAGUCUUUUUGGAUUUGGGCAGGAUCUUCAUAGACUAUCAUAGAAUUAGUUACAGGUAGGUAGCCAUGUUGGUCUGCCAUACUCAAAACAAAACAACAAAAAAAUCCUUCCAGUAGCAUCUUAGAGACCAACUAAGUUUGUUAUUGGUAUGAGCCUUUGUGUGCAUGCACACUUCUUCAGAUACACUUCUCAUGUGUAUGCACACGAAAGCUCAUACCAAUAACAAACUUAGUUGGUCUCUAAGAUGCUACUGGAAGGAUUUAUUUUUAUCAUAGAAUUGUAAGUGUUGGAAAGGAACACAAGGGUCAUCUAGUCCAACCCCUUGCAAUGCAGGGAUCUUUUGCUCCCUGUGGGGCUUGAACACACAACCCUGAGAUUAAGAACUUCAUGGUCUACUGACUGAGUUGUCUUUAUAACAACAACAAUAAAUUGUUGUGGAUAAUAUAUAGACCAAGGGUGUAGAUGAAAAGGAAGAGAUUAUAAAUCUAGGCAGCCCAUGUGGAUGCAGGGUUUCUUCUUGGACUAAGACUGGGGAGACCAAUCCCCAUGCAGACAUGACACUUGCUUAGGGACGUUAUCCCAGACACUCUCAGCCUAGGUUACCCUGCAGGGCAGGUGUGAAGAUAAAAUGGAGAUAAAAUGGGAAGAGAAUUAGGUAUGCUGCCUUGGACUCCUUGGGCGGAAUUAUUAUUACUAAUUUGCUUUUUGUUUUUAAAAUAACCCCUCUAGCAUUUCUGUACUGGCAUUCAACUGUUGAAACCAUUUUAGCUCAGUAAUUAUUACACCAUUCUUGCAAGGUAGUCCGGUAUUAUUAUAUCCAUAUUGCCGUGUGAUCCUUAAUGUGUUACCUCAGGAGUAAGCCACCCAUGAGACUUACACCCAAAGAAGCAUGUAGGAUUGAGGUCCUAGUGAAUUAAUGGCUAAAGUGAAAUUUUAAACAGGGACUUCAUGGCUCAUACUCUUAGCCACUACAGCAAACCAACUCUUAUCUCCAGCUGAUGGCCAAAAGUCUGGAAUCAACCCUGCAAGGGGAUGCCAGGGAUUGAAUCUGGGCAAUGCAGAUGCUCCACCACUGAGCUACAGCUCUUCCCUAAGAAACAAUAAAGCAACACUUUGGUUAUACUACUGAGAACUAGAUGAAGUGGUGUUGUUGCUUUUGACUUUGACAUAUAUGACUAGGCUUCCUUGCACCACUUGUCUAGACAGCAGACUCUGGAGUGUUCCUUCAGCUUGUGUUCCUCACCUCCUCGCACAGCAGCAUUCAGCAGGGCAGUGAUGCUUGCCUGACCUCCUGUCACCAGUGCUGUUGCAGCACACCAGGAGGCAGAAGAGUAGGGCUGAGACAGUGGUGAGGGCAGCACAGUGUGAAUGCACUGGCAGAGGCAGUCCAGCACCCCCAGCAGUACAUUUGCACCACGCUGACCUCACUGCCAACUCACUUCUCACCCUUUUGCUCCAGAUACACCACAGUGUUAGGAGGUCAUGUAAGCACUUCCGCCACACCAACUGCUGCUGGUUUAACAUCUAGAAGUCUCACAAUACCCUGUAGCCAAUCAUGGUGGGGGAGAGGCAUUCUGCACAGGCUCAAAAAGAUUCCUGUCCUUACUGUUAUUUCAUAUUUUCUGGCCUGGAAUAGGAGUUCAUGUUGUAAAAUGUCAACAACAACAAAGCUGGGAGUGAUGGAGUCCAACAAGAUCUGGAAUGCCCACCCCUAACUUAAGCAAACCACUGUAUUCUUUCAGCUCCUAGUUCUGAAAUAGGGAGAUAUUGGUGUAGUGAUGAUCAUGUAAUUAUAGGUUUAAGAACCUUAAGGUGGUUUUAAAAAAAUCCUUUAUAGCUGAAUUACUUUAAAUAAUAGAGUGGUACCUCGGGUUAAGAACUUAAUUUGUUCCGGAGGUCCAUUCUUAACCUGAAACUGUUCUUAACCUGAAGCACCACUUUAGCUAAUGGGGCCUCCUGCUGCUGCCGUGCCGCCGGAGCAUGAUUUCUGUUCUCAUCCUAAAGCAAAGUUCUUAACCCAAGGUACUAUUUCUGGGUUAGCGGAGUCUGUAACCUGAAGCGUAUGUAACCCGAAGCAUAUGUAACCCGAGGUACCACUGUAAUCUAAACCUGAGGUUAUUUUACAUGCCAUGUUCAUCCUUGGGCCAAGAUGAAUGUAAAGUUUGGAAAUCUAAGCUGCCUUGUGUUUUUGGAUAAGUUUACCCAUAUUUUUAUGGAAACAGCAGCUGCAAUAUUCUCAUGUCAUAGCAUUUUCCUUCAAUGUUUCCAGAUUGUAAAAAUCAGAUUUUUUUUUUUUAAUCCAUCUGAGCUAAUGGUGGAGUUGGAUGGCAUGCAAAAACAUUUACCUGUAAGAAGUUCCAACAUGUUAUUUCAGUAACUAUGGGAAACAUUGUGGAAUGCAGUGCCAGAGGGAAUGAAAUCAGAUACAAAAGACAUUAACCUUUUGGAAGAAUUGUGGCAUGAAAACCACCCUGUGAUUCCCCCGCCCCCCAAGAAAGGAUGAAGUCUCAGUUCAUGAAAUGUUCUAUCUGCAUUUUUGUCUAAUCUGCCUUUUAUUCUCAUGGUGAGAGUAUUUGGACUGUAAACAAAAGCACCAAUUCACGCUGUAAAAGCACCCAGCCUAGAGUGACAGUGUGUACCAAUACUGUCAAAACAGUGUAGAUCAGCAGUUCUCAAACUUUGUGUGUGUGUGGACCACAUGGAAAUUGCUGGGGGACUUGGUGGACCACUGUUUUUGUUCUACAAAGCAAACCACAAACCACAAAUUUUAACAGCCAUAGUCUUGCUUUUCUAAUAUGAUGGAUGUGCCUGUUUUUGUUGUGAGAAAGUUCUGUGAAUUAUCAGCUUUCACCUCAGGUCAGGUUCAGCAUUCACCCUGCUUUUGCAUUUAGACUUGAGGGUGGCAAGUGAUGAAAACCCAAUCUUUCACCAUUAUGAGAAAAAGAAAAUGUUUUUUAACCUUCAGAGCCAAGCGUUAUAAUUAAACCCAUCAUAGGAGCCAACUCCUAGAGGCUCAGGUCCCUUCAGCCCCCCAAUAAAACAUUUGAAGGGCCUAAGGGCCCCAAAGUUAAUUGGCAUUGCCAUUCAAAUGGUGUGUGUGCCGUGUCAUGUGAUUAUGUGGGGUGGGGCUGAUCUGUCCCCCCCCCCAAUAUUUUAUUUAACUUGGCACCCCUGAAACACAUCACCAUGUUAUGAAUCCAUGGACCUUAGGCCAUGUCACUGAGGAAGACCCUGCCCCUUUCACUGAUAAAUGUUGCGGGACAAGGCCUGCUUAACCUGUCAAAAAGCCUAGCCCUGGUCAGAACAGCCAUGAUUUCCAUUGUCAGUAAAAACAAAUCCAGUGCAAAUACAGAUGUUCUGGGUUCCUUGAAUUAAGUGGUUCACAGACCACAAUGGUUAACCAGAUGGCUGUGGGAAACCCGCAAGCAAGACCUGAGUCCCACAGCAGCAUAUUUUGCAAAUGAAAUCAGAUAAUAUGUAAAGGACAAGAAGUACAGUGGUACCUCGGGUUACAUACACUUCAGGUUACAGACGCUUCAGGUUACAGACUCCGCUAACCCAGAAAUAGUACCUCGGGUUAAGAACUUUGCUUCAGGAUGAGAACAGAAAUUGUGCGGUGGUGGCACGGCAGCAGCGGGAGGCCCCAUUAGCUAAAAUGGUACCUCAGGUUAAGAAAAGUUUCAAGUUAAGAACGGACCUCCAGAACGAAUUAAGUUCUUAACUCGAGGUACCACUGUAUGUACUUUUAAAAUGUAUCUAGGCAACCCCUUUUCAGAUAAUUUCUAAGCUGAAUUGCAACUUUAUUAGCAGGCAGAUGUAAAUAUUAAAAAGGUUUCAAAACAAAUUGAAUGUAAUUAAAUUUGGGGGCAGAGGGGAUAUAUAUGUGGGUGUGUGGGUGUGUGGGUUUCUAAGUUCUUUUUACUUCAGAAGGCUAGACCAAGCCAUUAGCACUCUGAAAAGUCUUGAACAUUCACAAUUCCCUGUUGUCAUUUUCACUUACUCAUUUCAAGGUUUCCAUUGUUUGGCUUUGUGCAGGCUUGUCCCCAUUUCCAUGGUUACCGUGUUGAAAUGCAGACAGGACACAAGCUGCAUUCCGAUCAGAGUUCUACAUGCUGCUCCAUGCCAGCAGCAUAUGCUUCAGUUGUUUUGGGGCAUAUUGUUUAAGGGCCCAUGUAUGCAGAGCAGUCAACAUUUCUGUGUUUAAUCCUUAAAUCAUUGUUAGCCACUGAAAGAGAGAGGGUUGUAGCCAGUGCUUUGCUGGCAGAAAGCCCACGUAACUGAUCUUCCCCGUCCCAUCCUCCCCACUGCAGCCUCCUGCACCUUUCCCCCAAGCAAGUCUCACAAGAGAGCUAGGGGAACCUGCCCAAACAUUGUGGGCCAGGUCUUCUGCAGCUGCACUGGGAGAAGAGACUUGCUCUAAAUCAGGCAUGUCCAACUUAGUUUGCAGGUGGGCCAUUGCAAAUGAGCUGCUGGCAACAGUUUUACUUUUUACAUACAAGAUUUCCCCUGGAAGGCAGGAAUGGGGGAAUGUAGACAGGCAUUUGCAUGCCAGUGAUGUUGUGUAGAUGCUGAACAAAACAUGUAUGCAUAGAAAGUGUCAAUGUGUUGCUAUUAGUAUAAAGGUAAAGGUAAAGGGACCCCUGACCAUUAGGUCCAGUCGUGGCCGACUCUGGGGUUGUGGCGCUCAUCUCGCUUUAUUGGCUGAGGGAGCCAGCGUGCAGCUUCCGGGUCAUGUGGCCAGCAUGACUAAGCCGCUUCUGGCGAACCAGAGCAGCGCACAGAAACGCCGUUUACCUUCCCGCCGGAGCAGUACCUAUUUAUCUACUUGCACUUUGACGUGCUUUCGAACUGCUAGGUUGGCAGGAGCUGGGACCGAGCAACGGGAGCUCACCCUGUCUCGGGGAUUUGAACCACCGACCUUCUGAUCGGCAAGUCCUAGGCUCUGUGGUUUAACCCACAGCGCCACCCAUGUCCCACUAUUAGGAUACAAAGCCCUUAACAACCCUAGAACUAGUUUACCUGUGAGAUGUAUGCCUACUCAACUGCUUCGAUCUGAGGAACUGGCAUUGUUACAGGUGUAACAUAAUACCCAUUCUGCAUUUCAAAGAAAUUGAUAUUUUAGUGUGACUUUAAAACUCCCUGCUUAUUGAUUUCAGACAGGUGCCUUCAUUGUACUGUUUUUGGUGCUUUCCAAAACAGUAUUUGUUUAAGUAAGCCUACGCAGAUAUCUAGAAAGUGGAUGCAUUUUUAGUUUAUUGCUGUUUUUAUUUUAUAUUCUAAAUAGUUAUUUAAAUCAUUCUUACCAAUAAUUUUAUUGCUUUAUGCUUUUUGUAAACUGCUUUGAAGGUUGUUGCUUUUUUUUUACAAUCAAGUGAUAUAUAAAUUUAACAAAAUAAAUAAAAGCACCAAUCUCACAAUAAGCACCCAUUUAGAUGCACUAGGAAGUUGAUCAGAAGGUAACAUCAUUUUAGCCUGUGCACUGUUGCAGAUUGUGUGAGAUUGUUUGGAGGGAAGCAAGAGCAGGCAUGUAAAAAAGCCACUUUGCUGGUUUCUUGUGAUGACUAAGAUCAGGCAAGGGAACAUAGGUGUAGUGGGGGGUGAGGAAGUGUGGUUACUUCUUUACAUUGUGCUGUUAUCUGUUAUCUGUGGAUCAAAAUUUAACUAAAGACGGCAGACUACCUAAAACCUUCUUUGAACUAACUGAUAACAUGGACUUGAUUGAUAUUUGGAGGACAAGGAACCCCUUAGGUAAAGAAGGAACAUUCUUUUCUGAGGCCCACCUAUCAUGGACAAGAAUCGACCAAAUAUGGACAACUAGAGGACUGGCACCUAAGAUCAGAAAAGUGGAAAUCUGUCCAAAGACUUGCUCCGACCAUAAUGCUUUGAAAGUAGAAUUGAGACUUACUCCAACCGGUUCUUUCAGAUGGAAAAUGAAUGACACCCUACUAAGAGAUCAGGAGAUUGUGAAGAAGGCCCAAAAAACCUUAAAGGACUACUUUGAAAUCAAUUUGAACACUUCGGUGGAAAAGAGAACAAUCUGGGACGCAAGUAAAGCUGUACUGAGGGGUUUCUGAUACAACAGAACACAAUCAAGAAAAAACUUUGGAAUGGGAAAAAGAUAGGAUAUUAGAGAAGAUAAGAGAAGGAGAGAAAAAAUUGAGAUUAAAACCAAAAUCAAAAGAGGUUCUAAGAGAAAUCAAAUUCCACCAAGCUCAAUAUGCGAAAUUGAUAAAUCAAGAAGUGGAAUGGAAAAUCAAACAAAUGAAACAAAGAUCAUUUGAAUCGGCAAAUAAAUGUGGAAAACUGCUAGCAUGGCAGUUGAAAAAGAGACAAAAAUUGAACUUUGUCACUAAUCUAGAGGUGGAGGGAGAAACAUUCAGAAACCAGAAGAAAUUAGAAAGUGUUUCCAGAAAUAUUUCAAAAAACUUUAUACUCAAGGGCCUCAGGAAGUGUCUGAGAUAGAUCAAUUUUUAAAAGUUAACGGUCUAUCCAAACUAUCUCAGGAGAAGAGGACAAUCUUAAAUAAUAGAAUAACACGACAGGAAAUAGAGGGUGCCAUUCAGAAUAUGCAACUAGGCAAAUCUCCAGGCCCAGAUGGACUUACCUCCAAGUACUAUAAGACACUAAAAGACUAUUUGAUACAACCACUAAUGGAGGUCUGUAACCAGAUUAUGGAGGGGAGGAGGGCACCGGAAACGUGGAAAGAAGCUUUCAUCACAUUGAUUCCUAAAUUGGAAUCUGAAAAGACUCAGCUUAAGAACUACCGUCCCAUCUCACUCCUAAAUGUGGAUUACAAAAUUUUUGCUGAUAUUUUGGCGAGCAGACUUAAAAAAUACUUAACGAAGUAAUUCAUAAGGACCAGGCAGGCUUUCUCCCAGGAGACAUCUUUUUGAUAAUACCAGGAACAUUAUUGAUAUUUUGGAACUUUUACAAACUAAUAUCAAUACGAAAGCUGUGUUAAUUUUCAUCGAUGCGGAGAAGGCCUUUGAUAAUAUUUCUUGGAUAUUUAUGAAGAGAAACCUGGAAGGGAUGGGAGUGGGACGGGGUUUGAAAAUGGAAUAGAAGCAAUUUAUUCUGAGCAAAAGCUAAACUGAUAGUGAACAAUGUGGUGACAGAUGAGUUCAAAAUUGAAAAAGGGACACGACAAGGGUGCCCCUAUCCCCUCUUUUAUUUAUUUCAGUCCUGGAGGUGUUACUGAACAUGAUUAGGAAGGACCGGUUGAUACAAGGAAUACAGGUCGGAGUGAAACAAUAUAAAUUGAAAGCUUUUGCAGAUGAUUUGGUUUUAACAUUACAGGAGCCAGAAUCUAGUACAAAAAGAGUAUUAGAAUUGAUUCAUGAGUUUGGUCGGGUGGCGGGAUUUAAGUUGAAUAAGCAAAAACUAAGGUUUUGGGGAAAAACUUGACAACAUCAGAAAUAGAUGGGUUUCAGAAGGAAACAGAACUAAGUGUGGUAAAAAUAGUAAAAUACCUAGGGGUUCACUUGUCAGCGAAAAAUUUGAAUCUAUUUAAAGACAACUAUUUAAAAUGUUGGCUGGAAAUCAAAAAGAUUUGGAAAUCUGGUCAAGAUUGAAACUUUCCUUGUUGGGUCGAAUUGCAGCUAUAAAAAUGAAUGUAUUGCCGAAAAUGUUAUUUUUGUUUCAAACCCUACAGAUUGUGGACAGAGUGGAAUGUUUUGGAAAGUGGCAGAAGGAUAUAUCUAAGUUUGUUUGGCAGGGCAAAAGCCCGGAUAAAGUUUAAAAUACUAACUGAUUUGAAAGAAAGAGGGGGGUUUGCCCUGCCGGACUUGAGAAUAUAUUAUGAAGCUGCGGCCUUCUGCUGGAUGAAAGAUUGGUUACUUCUUGAGAACACUGAUGUUCUAGAUCUGGAAGGGUUUGAUAAUGCUUUUGGCUGGCAUGCAUAUUUGUGGUACGACAAGGUAAAGGUUCAUAAAAUGUUCAAAAAUCAUAUUGUUAGAAAAUCAAUAUUUAUGGUCUGGACAAAAUACAAGGACUUAUUAGAGGGUAAGACUCCGAGGUGGCUUUCACCAGCAGAGGCCAAGGCCCGGAAAAACCUAAUAUGGAGGUUGGUUGGCUGAAAUAUGGGGAAAUUAUAGAAAAGUAGGAGAAACUUGGAGGCUGCAGAGUUAUGAAAAAUUAAAGAAUAAGGUGCAAAAUUGGCUUCACUAUGCUCAAAUUCAAGAGGUUUUCAAGUUGGACAAAGAAUAGGUUUCCAGGUGGAAAAAUCGAAACUAGAGACAGAAUUGUUGGAACCAAAGACCAAGGUACUUUCGAGAAUGUAUAUCUUGCUGCUUAAAUGGAACACUCAGGAUGAGACAGUCAAAUCAGCCAUGAUAAAAUGGGCUCAGGACAUUGGGUACAACAUUAUGUUUGAAGACUGGGAAAGGUUAUGGACCACUGGUAUGAAAUUCACGGCAUGUAAUGCCUUGAAAGAGAAUAUUAUGAAAAUGAUAUACAGGUGGUACAUGACCCCAGUCAAGCUAGCUAAGAUAUAUCAUUUGUCUGAUAAUAAAUGUUGGAAAUGUAAGGAGGCUGAAGGGACAUUCUUUCACCUCUGGUGGACUUGCCCAAAAGUGAAGGCCUUCUGGGAAAUGAUCUAUAAUGAGUUAAAAAAAGUGUUUAAGUACACUUUUCCCAAGAAACCAGAGGCCUUCCUACUGGGCAUUGUCGGUCAGAAGGUGUUAAAGAAGGAUAGAACCUUUUUUGCAACUACAGCAGCAAGAAUUCUUAUCGCAAAACAUUGGAAGACUCAAGAUUUACCCACACUGGAAGAGUGGCAGACGCAAUUGAUGGGCUACAUGGAAUUGGCUGAGAUGACUGCCAGGAUCCGAGAUUUGGAGGAAGAAGCAAUGGAGGAGGAUUGGAAAAAUUUAAAGAUUAUUUACAAAAAUUUUAUAAGUUAUAUGAAUGUUAAGAAUUCGCAUGAUUAGGGAACUUCAGCUCCAGCAAUAAGAUUAAGGUAUGGGAAACUAAGCUAUUUUAAUGAAAAGACUAACGUUUAAAAGAACAUUAUAUAUAUUAUUAGUGCAAAUUGACAAUAAGCAUUUUAAACGUAAAUCACAAGUAUUUGAAAGAACAAAAGAAUGCACGAAAUAAGGUUAUAAUUUGCUGAAAAAUUUUAUUGUAAAGAACGCAAGGUGAGGGGGACGGGGGGAAGUCCGGUUGGUUAUGGAAAAAUGCUUUGAAAAGCUGAUUGUCUACUUUUUCUUUCUUUUUUCUGUUAUUUCUUUGUAUAUCUGACCUUGUAUUUCUAUCUGGAAAAAUGCAAUAAAAAAUAUUAUAAAAAAAAAAAAAAAUAUCUGUUAUCUGUGGUCUUUUGGCUUUUGUAGACAUACAUGCAAGGUUAUGCAUGGUUAUCUCAGUACCCCCUUCCUUUAAUUCAUUCUCCAAAUGAGAAAAAUCUUUUUGAUAAAUACUUUUAUCUAUCCUGUAGAAGAAGCAUUCUAGAUAAAACAUGGCACAGGGAUGUAUUUCUUCUGGUUUGGGGAUGAGGAAACACGUUCUGAUGCUUUUGGUAAGAGCUUCCAUUUAAAGGAGAUAACCUGAAGGAAGCAAGUUUGUGAUGGGUGCGACUAUGAAUACUCAUGUUAUUAUUAUUAUUUAUCUACCAGAAACACAUUGCAUUUUUGUGUGGUUGCACUACUAUUUUUGGAGCUGGCAGCAAAGCCAGCCUUACCAGGAUAUUUUAUGCGUUUUGUUUUGUUACCUGUAAUAUCUGUAUUUUCUUCCUCGUUUUCUGAAGGCUGGCUUGGGGUUUAAGGCUGGAUUAGAGGCAAUCCAAUACUUCAUAAUCCUGAAAGGUUUACCUAAAAGUAUUUUAGGCAAACAAUGUACAGAAAUGUGUUUUUUUUUCUGCUGGUUUCAGUAUGAUGAAACACAUUUCCUUUACUUCCUUUUGAGGGCAUCAGCAAAUUAUUAUUAUUAUUAUUAUUAUUAUUAUUAUUAUUUCUACCCUGCCCAUCUGGCUGGGUUUCCCCAGCCACUCUGGGCGGCUUUCAACAGAACAUUAAACUUCAAACAUUCAGAAUAAAACUUCAAACAUUAAAAAUCACUUCUCUCUCCUUCCCCUGUCCGCUUCCAAGUGGACACUUGGAAAUGCUUUGCAUACAUGUUCGGACUUCUUUGGACCCAACCAUUUGUAUGGCGGUGAGCAUUUUGCACAUGUCCAAUUGAUGCGUGGCCACUGACACAUGGGUAUUUUGGGACCUGGAAGGGAGUGGAACUGGGGCAGAAUGGGGGCAGGGCAUGGGCUCCACCAACGCAUGCGGGAGCCAUUAACGGACCAGCCCCGCAAAAUGGUUGCUGCCUAUACUACGACUUUAUUGAAUAGUAUUAAUCAUUUUGAUGAAUGAUUUCUGACAUUUUGAAUUACUACGACUUUAUUGAAUUGUAUCAUUUUGCUGAAUUUGUUGUUGUUUUCUUUAUUUAUGUAUGUUAUUGUGUUUAACAGUAUAGUAGUUGCAAUGUUUGUUUUUAAUGGUAUUGUGAUUAUUGUGACCUUCUUUGUUGGAAAAUUGGAAUGUAAAUAUAAAUAUUAAAUCAUAUUUAUAUGCUUACUAUUUUUAAAUAAAGGUGUUGGGCUCUCCUUUGCUGGAACUGUUAUUUAUUCGUCUAUAACAUUUAUAUCCUACCUUUUCACAACCACUCAGUAAACCUUAUGGCCAGGUGGGGAUUUGAACCCUGGUCUCCCAGUCCAACUCUUAAUAGCUAUGCAGGAGGAGGGUAUGUGGUCAGGGAUGCUGUAGUUGUGAGAUUCCUGCACCAAGCUGCUUUAUCAUUCUGUGAUAUUUUUAUUUUUCUGGCACAAUAUUAGAAUGUUGCACAUAAAGUCAAUUGACUUUUGCUGUUAUCCAGCAUAACAAUGCCUUACUGUACUCUGACAACUGCCAUUCAACAGUAGGAAAUAGGAAAUAAGCAGCUGGUGUUACUAACAGGUGUGUACAGGGUACAAAGUACAGGAAGGUAAGAAGGGAAGGUUGAGGAGAGAAGGAUAUGUAAAUUCAAUUGAGAGAAAUGUAAGUGUCACAGUACUAGCAAAAAAUCCUAGCUUGUAGAUCUGUAUAGUAUUAUUCCUUGCUUGAAAUUCAGAUGCUCAGUGACUUGGCACUCUAUAAAUGUAAAUUUAAAAAGAAGAAGGCCUUAUUUGUUUAGAGGCUAAAAAUAAGUAUGAAGCAAACUUAGCUCGCUUUUUUUUUUUUUAGUACAGAUAUUAAAUAUGAUUUCCUGAGCAUUGCAAUUUAAUUCAAAAGUACAAACCAGUUAAAAAAUCCUAGAACAAAAUAUACCCACAUUCCGUUUGCAUCACAUUUUGUGUACAUUCAGCAAACCUACAGAAUUAUAAAUAAUUUCUAGCAAACAGUUCACUUCUGAACCAUUACUGUUAUUGAUCUAUUUACUUAGGAAGACAACCGCUGUCACGAUGUUUCACUUCAUUUGUUUGGAUUCACUGGAUCAGGUCAUAAACAAAAUCUUGCCAAAUUGAUUAAGAAUGAGGACAGCUCUUCACCUCCAGUUGGUUUUUAUAAAGACUAGUUUUCAAGUUGUGAUUUAGGAGCACUCUCUCAAACCAUUUGCAGCAUGAUUAAUUGAAGGCAGACUCUCAUAAUAAUUCAUACAAAACUCUAAUUCAGAGGAGACCUCAUCUAACUUCAAUGAUUUUUAUUGUGCUAGCCAAAGGCCAUGGCAACAUCCAAAGAAUGAAAAAAAGCAGUCACUACAUAUGCAGUAGAACCAUGAUUAAAUCCACCAAAAAUUUAUUGUCACGCAGAAUAAAAAAUAAUUUUCAAAUAAAAUGUGCAAAUUAGAUCUCACAGUCCCCUUUGCAAUUGACCACUAACCCAUUCAAUUCUUAAUCUUCCUAGCUGCCAAGGCAUAGAGAGCCACCUUAUAAGUCACAGAGUCAUCAGUAUCACUCAACUGCCAUUUCACCCUCUCCGUCCUGGUUAGAUUUGUUUCCUUCAUGAAAAGGGGUUUUAUGAAUCAGUUUCUUGGGUCUGUAUAUACAGUGGUACCUUGGGUUAAGUACUUAAUUUGUUCCGGACAUCCGUUCUUAACCUGAAACUGUUCUUAACCUGAAGCACCACUUUAGCUAAUGGAGCCUCCCGCUGCCACCGCGCCGCCAGAGCAUGAUUUCUGUUCUUAUCCUGAAGCAAAGUUCUUAACCUGAGGUACUAUUUCUUGGUUAGCGGAGUCUGUAACCUGAAGCAUAUGUAACCCGAGGUGCCACUGUACUGGACAUUGUAGUAAGUAAUGGCAAAUGUCCUCUGCACAUGGUUGCCCACACAGACAGACUCUCUUUUCAUAAGGUAUUCCGUUGCAUCACCCACCUAGAACCACUGAGGGCAUAGAUUGAAAGCGUAGUUCUGUGAAGGUGACUCUUAAUGAGGCAGAGGGAAGAUUUAUCAAAUAUCUGGCUUGAAAGUGCAUCGUUUUAAUAAGUGGAAACCAUGGUGAACACUUAGAAGAAGAAGUAAUAAUAAUAAUAAAAUCUAUUUCUGCUUCAGUCAUAUAAAGGUAGUCCAUUAAAUGCCUCUUCCCCAUGUUCAGGGACACCUGGAGCUCUUGUAGGUGAUAUUGGGUCAAGUAGCGUUGGAUACCAACCUUCCAGUGUUGGGUCUGAUCCAGUUCUUUGCGGCACGAGGUGGGAAAUCUCUCAUCUGAAAAGGAUCUAGGUCCUUUCACAUAAUUUAAGCACAGAUAGUUGAUUCUAGCCUGUAUUGUUGUCACAAACGUCAAUGAAUUUAGAAUGGGUCUGUGUGCACUGGUGACUGCUCUGAUGACAACGGCUUCUUAUUUGUUUGUGCACUUGCAGCAAUAUGCUAUACAGUAUACAGGAAUGAUACGGCUAACAGAUUGCGGUUGACUCCUGACAAGACAGAAGUACUGUUUAGGGGGGACAGGGGGCGGGUGGGUGUGGGUGGGUGUGGGGGACUCCCUGGUCCUGAAUGGGGUAACUGUGUCCCUGAAGGACCAGGUGCGCAGCCUGGGAGUCAUUUUGGACUCACAACUAUCCAUGGAGGCACAGGUUAAUUCUGUGUCCAGGACAGCUGUCUACCAGCUCCAUCUGGUACGCAGGCAGAGACCCUACCUGCCCGCAGACUGUCUCACCAGAGUGGUGCAUGCUCUAGUUAUCUCCUGCUUGGACUACUGCAAUGUGUUCUACGUGGGGCUACCUUUGAAGGUGACCCGGAAACUGCAAUUAAUCCAGAAUGCAGCAGCUAGUCUGGUGACUGGGAGUGGAUGCCAGGACCAUAUAACACUGGUCCUCAGAGAUUUGCAUUGGCUCCCAGUACAUUUCCGAGCACAAUUCAAAGCAUUGGUGCUGACCUUUAAAGCCCUAAACGGCCUUAGUCCUGUAUACCUGAAGGAGCGUCUCCACCCCUAUCAUUCAGCCCGGACACUGAGAUCUAGCGCCAAGGGACUUCUGGCAGUUCUCUCAUUGCGAGGUGAGGUUACAGGGAACCAGACAGAGGGCCUUCUCAGUAGUGGCGCCCACCUGUGGAACGCCCUCCCAGAUGUCAAGGAAAUAAGCAACUAUCCUAUUUUUAAAAGACAUCUGAAGGCAGCCCUGUUUAGGCAAGUUUUUAAUAUUUAAUGCUGUAUUGUUUUUAAUACUCGAUUGGGAGCCGCCCAGAGUGGCUGGGGAAACUCAGCCAGAUGUGUGGGGUAUAAAUAAUAAUUUGAUAUUAUUAUAUUAUUAUUACGAUUUAUGGAAGUAAGGAAGGUAGAAAAAGUCAGGGGCUGACAAGUGGUGGGGAUGGAACAGGGUUAAGUCAGGAAAUCAUGGUGGAGUCAUUAACAAGGUGGCAGGUGUCUCAGGAAAGCUGUUUACUUGCUUAGUUUCAUUUAUGAAUUGCUUCCAGUAAAACAUCCCCAAGCAAUUUAACCAUAAUAACAAUCACAGUAAAAACAAUUUCAGGUCUCGCACAGACACAGACUGGCGUUAAAAUCUUCAUUCUAAAGUCUUGUUGGAAAUAGAAGGCCCUAAAUAGGCACCGAAUAGAUAAUUGAGAUGGUGACUGUUACACGUGUGAACUUUUCAAGUGUUUAAAGUGAUGGGGGAUAUGAACAUUCUUUCUGUGAUCUCUAAUGGAUGCUUCGCACAUAAAAGACAUAGCUGUUGUAGUCAGAUGCACAUAUGAACUUGACCUUAGCUGGUUGUAGCUAAAGACAGCUAUAAAUUCAGCUUUUAAAUUCAGCGUUUGCUAAGCAAGGGUCCAUGCUUAUUGAAUGCUGGAAACAUAGUGGGCUUGAAAGGGGUGGGGAGGCAUUACUAAUUGAUAACAAUAAAGGACAUGAAUAUAUUUUUAACUGUGUGCUGAUGGGAAACAGGUCUAUAAUUUUAUAAAAAAUAUGCUAAGCUGUAGUCCCAAAGCCUCACUUACAAACAAGAAUACAUCUUAAAAAUCAGCUGAAAGUAUACCAUUUGUUGGUGAUAGCAGGCAAACAUUGGAGCUUCAUAGAGUACUACCAACCCAAGACUUUAAAAAACAGUUUACAUCUUCAGUCCAGACUGUCAACACAGCAUAGCCUUGACUUGCCUGGGAAUGCCAAACACCGUUGUGUUGUCCAGGAAGCUCUUAUAUCUAAGCAGUUUGUGUCCUCAUUUUAAAAAGUCCCCAAUUCCCACAACAAAUCUGAGUGUUUCGUUCUUGGAAACACUAGUUGCUUCAUCAGAUCUCCCUGUUUUCAUUUUAUUUUCAUGAGGUCUUCCUUGGCCACUGGGCGCAGCUUGAACCAAUCAACAGAUAAACUGUGGGUGCCAUGUGCAUAUACUAUGCAUCUUAAUAAGGGUCACCACUCUUAAAAGAAACAAACAAUUCUUCUCUGAUCAGCUGCCCUUGUGUUAUAUUGAGAAAGGAAAACAGUGCCUGGCCUUCAGGGCUUUCAGUCUGAGUUGUACAAUUCCCCACAGGAGCCCAGUGGUUAUUUUCCAAGAGCUGCUCAUUGACCAACCCCUUGUAUCUGAAACGUCAGUAAAAGAUUUGUAAGUGGUUGUGACUAUUUCAAGGAGGACUGUUUGGAAAAUGACUGCAUUAUUAUGUCUCUUGCUGUCCUCCUACACAAUUCCAGUCCAGCAGUUAAUGAGACAGGAAGUGGGGUUGUGUGCUUUUUUGGUGGUUUAUCUUUAGAUGACAAAUUAUUUCACUCUGUAGCAAUUUUGUACGAGCCCAUAUAUAGAUAUGCUUAGUGUUAUUACUGUAUUACUUCCUGUGGGCAAUAAAAGCUAACAUGCUCCAGCUUUGUUGAAUUUGCUUCCUGUGGGCUGAGUUCAACGUCACUCUGUGAAGAAAGGUCUGUCUGCACAAGCAUUGCCAGCUUGCUGGAAGGAAUUGCCUGUCUUCCCUUUCCCCUUCCCCCUACAAGCUGUGCUGGGAGUUCUGAUCCCCUCCCCUCGAGAGAAUUCUGGGAGAAAGACCCAUUGAAUGAGCACAAGCCCCUGAGGCUUAGUUUGGUGAAUCCCACCCUAUAUCAUGAGUUCCAUAGAACAGAUGGUAUUCAAUGCUAGUCCUACUCAAAGUAGGCCCAUUGAAGUUAAUGAAUAUGGCUAAGAGGUUCCGUAAUUUCAAUGGGUCUACUUUGAGUAGGACUUAGUUGACUACAGCCUCAUAAUUAAGGGCUGAACUCAACUGACUGUUACUCAAAGUAGAUCCAUUAAGAUUGCUGGCCAUGUCCAACUUUAGACCCAUUAUUUUCAGUGGGAUUACUCUGAGUAAAAGCUAGUGGACGAUAACUCUGUUAAAUAGUCUCAGAGACUUCCUUUAGCAGAGAAAAUGAUAGCCUGGAGGGUGUACCAUUUAUUGUUAGCCUGGAGUGUUUACAUUCUGAUCCUUAAAAAGCAUACUGUGUGCAAAGUGCAUUCUGCUGUUAUAACUAAGGUGGAAUCUACACACAUAUUAAAAGAACACACUGAAAAUGCUUUUAAAAAAAAUCUUGAAAUAUAUGUUGAAUUUGGCAUAGCUGAUUGUCACCAUCUAGUGUCACAUUUGUAUAUUGGUGUUGUGGGUUAAACCACAGAGCCUAGAACUUGCUGAUCAGAAGGUCGGCGGUUCGAAUUCCCGCGAUGGGGUGAGCUCCCGUUGCUCGGUCCCUGCUCCUGCCAACCUAGCAGUUCAAAAGCACGUCAAAGUGCUAGUAGAUAAAUAGGUACCACUCCGGUGGGAAGGUAAACGGUGUUUCCGUGCCCUGCUCUGGUUCGCCAGAAGUGGCUUAGUCAUGCUGGCCACAUGACCCGGAAGCUGUAUGCCGGCUUCCUUGGCCAAUAAAGCGAGAUGAGCGCCGCAACCCCAGAGUCGGUCACUACUGGACCUAAUGGUCAGGGGUCCCUUUACCUUUAACUGAGUCCUAAUUCUGCAUACUGUUGAAGACACCUCUUAUCUUGCUUUGUUGCUUGCUGUUUCUCAUUUAUGUAAUACCUUUUACAUAUUACUAGUUCAGGGCACCACAUUUUAAGAAGGACAUUGACAAACUGGAGCUUGCCCAGAGGAGGCAACUAGGAUGCUGAGUGGUCCAUUCUAGUCCCCAUAGGGUCUGAGGAACAGUUGAAACUGCUGUAUUGACAGGACAAUACAAACCCAAGACCUAUCGGGAUAAGGAAGUUAGGAUCUGGUCUUAAGCCAGCCAAUCCCCUGUGCAGCUGAGCUAUGCCAGCAUAAGCCCAACAUCUUGGCUCAGCUGGAGCUAUACAGAUGCAAAACCCUUGUCCCUGGAGAGCAGGGACUCAGCCAACUGAGCUGUGAUUGGAUGACUUUAUGCUGGUGUAAAAUGGUUGGUGGAGGCAGGACCAUGCAAGGGGGAUGGAGUUAAGUCUAUUCAGCUUGAUCACAUGAGAAGAGGAAAUUACUGUAAUGUCUUCAUAUGUCUGGAGGGCACACAGAAGGCGGAACAGACUUCUUCUAUGUUUCUUCGGAGGUCAGGACUAGAACCAGUGGGAGGAAAUGGAAAGGAAGCCACUUUCAGAUAAACAUUAGGACAGACUUCCUAACAGGAAGAGCAGCUUGACUGCCUUGGGAGGCAAGCUCAUCUUUGUUGGAGAUACUUAAGCAGUGGCUGGACAAUUGUAUUUCAAGGAUGCUAUACGCCCAUCCUUCACUUACAGAAUCAGCAUUGAGCAGGGGUCAGCUCUAACAUUUUAAGAUCCUAUGUAGGCAAAACCAUCCCUUGAGGCAGAGUGCUGUCACUUCUGUUUUUCACAUGAGGAAUUGAAGCCAGUGUCUUUGACCAUGCUCAUCCACUUACAGAGGUUGUUUUCAGGAAUACAGAGGCUAUUUAUUCAGAAAUAUAUCAAACUGAGACAAACCUAGACAGCAUCUUAAAAAGCAGAGACAUCAUCUUACCAACUAAGGUCCGUAUAGUUAAAGCUAUGGUUUUCCCAGUAGUGAUGUAUGGAAGUGAGAGCUGGACCAUAAAGAAGGCUGAUCGCCGAAGAAUUGAUGCUUUUGAAUUAUGGUGCUGGAGGAGACUCUUGAGAGUCCCAUGGACUGCAAGAAGAUCAAACCUAUCCAUUCUUAAGGAAAUCAGCCCUGAGUGCUCACUGGAAGGACAGAUCCUGAAGCUGAGACUCCAAUACUUUGGCCACCUCAUGAGAAGAGAAGACUCCCUGGAAAAGACCCUUAUAUUGGGAAAGAUUGAGGGCACAAGGAGAAGGGGACGACAGAGGACGAGAUGGUUGGACAGUGUUCUCGAAGCUACCAGCAUGAGUUUGACUAAACUGCGGGAGGCAGUGGAAGACAGAAGUGCCCUGUGUGCUCUGGUCCACGGGGUCAUGAAGAGUCGGACACGACUAAAUGACCAAACAACAACAACAAAUAUCAAACUGAAAUAAUGAGAAUGACUUAUGUUUAUAGCCUAGGUAAGCCAGAAUGAUUCAUAUGGAUGAAACUAAUCAUACUGUAUUUUCAUUCCUUCGACACUGGUGAUCUCUGCUUGUUCCAGUACACUGGCAUGAGUCCCCUGAAGAACUACCACUGGACAGGCUAUCCUAAUCCAGUGCAUCACAGCUCCCUGUGUCCCUGCUGCACUCAUAUACCGUAUUUUUUGCCCUAUAGGAUGCACUUUUCCCCCUCCAAAAAUGAAGGGGAAAUGUGUGUGUGUCCUAUGGGCCGAAUGCAGGCUUUCGCUGAAGCCUGGAGAGUGAGGGGGGUCGGUGUGCACCGACUCCUCUCGCUCUCCAGGCUUCAGGAAGCUAUCCGCCAGCCGUGGGAGACCCAGCUCUCCCACGGCUAGCGGAGACCUUGCCGGCACCCAUAAGCUUGGGGCACACUGAGCUCCGCACGCCCCAAGCUUCGGGAUUAGCGCAGCACUCAGCUAGCUGUGGGAGAGACCUUGCCGGCACCCAGAAGCUUGGGGCGCAGUGAGCUCCGCACGCCCCAAGCUUCGGGAUUGGCGCAGCACUCCGCUCGAUGUGGGAGAGCCGCGUGGAUCUCCCACGGCUAGCGGAGACCUUGCCGGCACCCAGAAGCUUGGGGCGCGCUGAGCUCCGCACGCCCCAAGCUUCGGGAUUAGUGCAGCGCUCCGCUAGCCGUGGGAGAGCCGAGUGCUCUCCCACGGUUAGCGGAGACCUUGCCGGCACCCGGAAGCUUGGGGCGCACUGAGCUCCGCAUGCCCCAAGCUUCGGGAUUAGCGCAGCGCACCUGGGGGGGAAAUAAUUUUUUUCCCCUUUAUUUCCCCCCCAAAAAACUAGGUGCGUCCUAUGGGCCGGUGCGUCCUAUGGGGCGAAAAAUUCGGUACUUUCCAUAAGCUUCAUUUUAUGGUACCUAUGGGACCGCCUCUCCUGGUAUGCCCCGUGGAGGACCUUAAGGUCCAUAAAUAGCAACACCCUAGGGGUCCCGGGCCCUAAGGAUGUCAGAUUAGCCUCAACCAGAGCCAGGGCCUUUUCAACACUGUCUUUUCAACAGGGCCUGUAAGACAGAGUUGUUCUGCCUGGCCUUUGGCUUGGAAUCAACUUGAUCCCCUUCCCCUCUAUCCUUUUUCCUUUCUCCUUCUGUGAUGGAACUCCUACUUGGGGACUUCCCUGGCUUUUUUCUGGCCCACGUAGGACCAGUCUGGAUGAAGACUUGACGUUUUCAUCCCCCAAAAAGUUUUUGAUUUGAGUUUCUGUUGAAAUGAGGCUGCAUUUUAAUGUUGUAUUUUAAUCUUGUUUUUUAAGUUGUAUUUCAAUCAAUUGUUUUUAUACCUUGUGUUAGCUGCCCUGAGCCUGGUCUUGGCUGGGGAGGGUGGGGUAUAAAUAAAAUUUAUUAGUAGUAGUAUUAUUAUUAUUACCGUAUUUUUCGCACCAUAGGGCGCACCGGACCAUAGGGCGCACCCAGUUUUUAGGGGGGGGGGAAAUCAAGAAAAAAAUAUUCCCCCCCCCAGCCCUGCCUCCCCCCUGUAUUCACUCCAUAGGACGCACACACAUUUUCCCUUGCUUUUUAGGAGGGAAAAAGUGCGUCCUAUGGUGCGAAAAAUACGGUAUUUAGAACAAUAAAAAAAUUCUGGCUGCUUUAUUCAGCCCCAAUACCAUUUGUGGGAAUACACUAAUGUGCCAUGCCCUGCUUGGGCAUCUGGUUGGAUGUCUGAUAUGAACAGAAUGUUGGACUAGAUAAGCCUUUGGUCUGAUCCAACGAGGCCCUUCCUGUGUUCUUAUGCUGGCGCCUUUCCCAGCGCAGUUGUGGAAAUGAGAUAUAUACCCGCAGUGCUGUUUUUCUAGGAAAAAGAGGUGCCAGAACUCACCAUGACUGAGGCCUUGUACUCUUAUAAUGGCAAUGGCACUCACCUGAGUGGUGCCAGAACUGAGCUCCGGUGAAUUCUGGCUCAAAAAAAAAAAAGCCCUGUAUACCCACAUGCUGAGCAGAACUGGCAUGAAGAACCAGGAGUACGUUGGCUUAUUUUCUUAAUUGUUCUGUUAUGGUCAUAUAAAUUACUCUUCCUCUCAAUAGGCAUCUUUGAAAACCACUGUGAAGCAUACAACGUUGGGCUCCAAGGAGCAAGAGUAUUUUCUGGCCCCUCGAGUGAACAAUUCGGAUAUACAGUCCAACAGCUUUUAAAUCAAGAAGGCAAAUGGUAAGCAUUUCCUGCUCUUCAUUCAUAGUGCAGGGAGAAAAGCAAAGGGCAACUAUAUUAGGAACACAGGAAGGUGCCUUAUACCGAAUCAGACCCAGCAGCCCAUCUAGUUCACUAUUGUCUACACUGACAAUUUCUGAUGGGUGUCUGGGGAUCAAACUUGGGAACUUCUGCAAAUCGGUUGGUUAUGUAGGGGAGGAUGUAAUCUUUCAGGAUACCUGAAAGAUACCUGCCCCAGUGAGCAGUUGAGCUCAGGCCCAGGGGUUAAGUAUGGCUUUUCUCUCUGACCCAUAGGGCUCUCCCCAGGCCACACAUCUUGCUAGCUCAUCUUGCCUUCCUGGAAUGUGUCCUUGAUGCCUCUUGCUUGCCUGAAUAGAGGGAAGUGUGUGGGCAUAGGCGUAGAAAUUCUACUUCUGCAUGGUGGAAAUAAGACAUGCUGGACAAAGGCAUGUGAUGCUCCAUCUGCUUUUGCCUCCAGCCAUGCCAGGACUGGCUUGCAGGCCCUGGAGCAUUGUCCAUGAGGGACAGUCCCUUGGGCUGUAAAAUAAUGUUUCCCACCCUUGUGCUAAGGCAAACUACCAUUGGAUGCAACCCCUAGUAAUGCUAAUCUGACCUUUUCGUGCUAAUAUUUCACCACAUAAGAACAACAUAUUGAAAAUGGGGGUUUUCAGAACUAGAACUGUUGAAUUUAAAAGUCUAAGCUAAACUUUUUAGGUGUUGGUUUUUUGCUUGUUCAGUGAGUGUUUCCUGAUUGGGCCACCCUGGCAAUAGAAAUUAACUGGUGCUUCUAAAUUGCAUCACCUUGGCUUGUUGAUUAAUUUCUUUGUCAACUUUCUUCUUUUAAACAAUGCAAGGAAAAGAGAAAGGAGUGCCAACAACUGCAGAUUGCAAAGGAUUCAAAUUCAACUUUGUGUUUGCAAAGGAUUUAAAGUUGACUUUGUGCUGCACCCUUUUCUGAUUCGGAGCUACGUCACAAUUUGGCUCCUACAAAUAACUCAUUGUACUUUCAUCUUCUCCCUCCCACGGUCUGCUGUAUGUUUGCAGUUGCGUCUGUUUAGUUGUUGACUUCCUAAAAUCCAGACCCAUUAAAAGAAUAUUUAGUGGAAUGAUGCUUAGAAAGGUGACUAAUAGUACUCCACAGUAGUCUUGUACAUUUAGUCAUAGCAUUGUGUAAGGUAGGACAGGAAGUUCAUAGAACAGCAGAAUCAGAGUAUAAAGUAAACAGCAAGCAAGCCAAAUUAUAUGAGAAUGGGGAACCAGUGACCCUCCAGGUAUUGCUGAAAUGCAUCUCCCUACGUCUCAGACCCUUGGCUAUUCUGUCUGUGAGUGAUGGGCAUUGAAAAGCCAACAACAUCUGAAGGCCAUAGGUUCCCCACCCUGAAAUAAACAAAUAAGUAAAUUUAGCUUCUGAGAUUAACUGUACUUAAUUAUCUGUAUAGAUAUGGAAACUAAGAUAGAUGUUUCCAUAUUCUUUUGAGAUCUUCUCUGUCUCUCUCUCUCUGUCUCUCUCUCUCUCUCUGUCAUGUUGUUUUUAAAAAUCAAGUUGACUUUCAAGGUAUUUUAUGUUCUUCUGUUCUGGAUUUUAAAAAAGCUUCACAAACUGGAAAUCAUUUUAAUCAACAGGGUCAUGAUUUGGUGUACUGCUAUAUAAAAAUACCCUUUCAAAGCUCACUCUUCUGAGUGACCAUGUGGUGUAGGGAGAGAACUUUUUUGGGUGGGUGGGGGGAGUUUUCUGGGUGUUAACUUGGAAAUAGUCACAGUGACAGAUUUUCCAAGUUUCCACGACUGGAAUAGUAAGUAACCUUUACUUACUACUGACUUCAUUGUUUGCAUAGCAAAGAUUUAACCCUUCUUUGCAGAGAGGGAGGUGUGCCUCAAGUAAUAAUUAUAUUGUCACUAAUGCCUACUCACUAGGGUCCCAAACCCUUGGUGAAUUAGGGACUUUCCCUGCAUGUGAAGACAGGCUCUAGUGCAUUGAGUGGAUGAGAUCAAUAGUGGGUCCAAUGGUCAAGAAGGCAGUUUCGGCAUGUGCUAUAGAGGGAAGUAAGGGGCAGAUGGGGCUCAUCAACCUGGAAAGGUAGCACAUCUAGGAGAAGGAAAACUCUGAUCCUAAACCUCCACAGCCUUGUGGGAUAUCUUCAUGAGAAGAAAAGGCUAAGGAGUAAGCUACAGAAAUUGGGAGUAGAGUCCCUAAGACAGUUGAAUGGUGCCUUGUACACCUCCUUCCUGCAACUCUUGCAGCCCAACUGGUGCCAAAUGUAUUGCUCUACGUUCCUUUGGACCACAUCAGCGAGGCUGAGAGGCGGGUCUUGCCAUCUAGGCAGCCCAGGACCUCCAUAAACACUGCCCAGGCUUCUGCCCCAGAGAGAUCACUCUGGUGCUGUUAACACAGCGGUUUGACUUCACCCAUGGAGGCGCACUCCAUUGUCUCUUGAGGUGGAUGGAUGCCAACAAUAAUGCCUACUCCCUAGUUGAGGCAAGUCACUCACACAAGUGAAAAUGAGGUAGUAAAAUUGGCUAGAUGAUCCCAUGUAAAAAAUGAAUUGGCCAGAAGGAACGCAAAAUUAUAAAUACAUUUCUGCCAUAUGAUGAAUACUCAGUAUGUUUGCAUGACAGAUGUUAUGGACUACAUGUCCCAUGAUUCCUGACCAUUGGCUGUGCUGUUGGGAAUUGUGGUCCACAGCAUCUGGCAUGCAGCAUGCUGACUACCCUUGUUUUACAGAGACCAAAGAAAUAAUCAUAAAGAUAAUUAUUGUAGUAACCUUGAGCUCAUACUUUCAAUUACUGUUUUCAGAGUAGAGUCUUUCAACUGAAAUGACCAUACAGUUUGUAAAGAUAUGUCUGUUUUCCAGGUUGCUUGUUGGUUCACCCUGGAGUGGAUAUCCAGGAAACAGAAUGGGCGAUGUGUAUAAGUGUGAUGUUAAUCAACCGGGAACCCAAUGUUCAAAGAUGAACUUGCAGAGUAAGUUCUAAAUUCAGCAAAUAAAUUAAAGAAUAAAUUGUAUAGCUUGCCUUUCUUUCCAUGGACCUCAGCAUACGUAAGCAUCAUCUUGGUUAUUGUACUUCUUAUUAUUAUUUCUUAUCCACCCAAAGUUGGUUAUAGCUUAUAAAAACACAAUGCACCACCCAUAAUUGCUAAACAUGGACACCACUACUGUCAUCUCUACAUAUAUGUAGGCUCAGUUCUAUUUAGAGACUGAAAACCUACAUUUUGUUUUGUGAAAGAGCUGUACAUAGCAUGUAUGGUCAAAUAUUUUGGCUGCCGAGUGCAGGAAUAAACUUUGAGCACAUCAUCGCAACUGCUGGGGGGGGGGGGGCCAACUCGAAUUUCUGCACAUGGCAGAAAUCUAUGACAAUUUGCCACAAGUUUGGAAGAAAUGUACAUGGCCUGUGUGAUAGAAUUAAGAGUCCCUAGAUAAGAAGUGAGGAACAUUUAUUUGAGCUUGUGUUGUGCUCAGUUGCUCAAUGUGUUUAACGCAAACCAGGGCAUGGUUUGAGGGCACAUGAUGCAGCUAAUCAGGAUUGAGUCUGGUUGGUGUCUGGUUGGGAGAUUCCCUGGGAACCUCAUAUUUGCUAUCUUGAGUCCUGUGAUGGAAGAAUUGCCGGAUCUAAUGACUGUACUAAAUAAAUAAAAUAUGUAACAUUCUGUUACUAAAAAUAAAACUUUUUACAUGAUUUAUCCCGGCCUCAAAUGGUAGUCAGAACAGUAAGGUCCUAAGCUGCUGCCUGUGCUGAGUUUCUGGGGGAAAGCAACUUCAUGAAUGGAGGAUACUUGCACAAACAAUUUUUGAGAGCCAGUGUGGUGCAGUGUUAAGAGUGGUAGACUCGUAAUCUGGUGAACCGGGUUUGAUUCCCUGCUCCUCCAUAUGCAGUUGCUGGGUGACCUUGGGGUAGUUACACUUCUCUGAAGUCUCUCAGCCCCACUCACCUCAGAGUGUUUGUUGUGGAGGAGGAAGGGAAAAAAGAUUGUUAGCCGCUUUGAGACUCCUUUGGGUAGUGAUAAAGCAGGAUAUCAAAUCUUCUUCUUCUUUUUCUAAUAGUUCACAGAUGAUGCUUCUUAAGAGAGCACACGUAUUGUUUUAGGGGAUUAUAUGGGACAUAGGUAAGAGAUAUACAGGGUUCUGGCUGCUUACAUUGAAAAUAGUAGCUUGAAUUUCUCUUGACUGUGUGUAUUGUUGUAUUGUGUCUUUUUAGCUUUUGCAAGUGUCCCAAAUGCUACUGAGAUAAAGAAGUAUAUGAAUCUAGGAUUAACCCUAGUAAGAAACUCAAUAAGCGGAGGAUUUUUGGUAAGUGCUGCAGAUGCAAUAUAAAAUAUAGCCUGUUUGGCAGUCAGUGGUGAAACUAUAACCUUUUUUAGCUUUUCUUGGGUCCCUUCUUCAGUGCAGUUCAUCCAAAUAAGUUAAGAUAUACAUUGCAGUAAUAAAUGGGUUCGCUUAUACGUACAUAAAACGUCAAUCCCGGUCCGACUACUCUGGCUGUUAAUUAGUUUCUGGGCUCAGUUCAAAGUGCUGGUUUUUACCUAUAAAGCCUUAAAUGGCUCAGGACUGCCUCUCCGCUUGUAAACUGACCCAGAGCCUGCAAUCAUCAUCUGAAGCCCUUCUUUGUGUGCCUCCUCCAUGAGAGGCCCAGAGGGUGGCAACAUGAGAACGGGCCUUUUCUUCGGUGGCUCCCCACUUUUGCAAUGCUCUCCCCAGGGGGGCUCGCCUGGCGCCCUCGCUACAUACCUUCAGGCACCAGGCAAAAACAUUCCUCUUCUCCCAGGCCUUUGCCUAAUUAUGGCCUUUUAAACUGUAGGGGAGGGUAUUGUUUUUGUAUGCUACUAUGUUGUGCAUUUCUGUGUUUUUAUAUUGUUUCCUUUGGAGGAAGGACAGUAUAGAAAUUCAAUAAAUAAAUUAAAUAAAUAAUAAAUAACAUUUCCCUCUAAUUUAAUGUUUUUUAUUGUCUUCUAGUCAGUUCCAGACAAAGACUGGAAUUUGAUUGUUGUUGUUUUCCUGCUGCUGUAGGUGUUGUUUCAUUAGCUCAUUGUUUUCAUAUUGUAGCAUUGCAAGCGGCUGGUAUUUUAUUUUACAUACUUUUGUACGUUUCAUUGCGUUCAUGUAAGUUGCCUUGAGAUCCUUGGAGUGUAAAGCAAUAAAUAAAGAAAUAAAUAAUAAUCAUUGACCUAGUCUAAAAUUCCAUAUAUCUUGUAGUGGAGGAAGUGAUUAAUAAUAAUUGCUCCUCUUAGUGCUUUGCUGCUUUUCAGAAGGAUCAUCAAAUUGCAAGGUACUUAUCUAACAUUUCCUACCCACAGUUGAGAAAAGCUUUCAUGGAAUUAAGAUUUCAACAGAUGCUGUCUGCUUAUUUGGAUGGCAGAUAUAAUCAUGAAGAAUGCAGCUGUUUAGGCUGGUAACUGGGACAACCUGAUGGGACCAUUUGCCACCAGUCCUGAAAACGCAUUGGCUACCAAUGAGCUACUGGACUUAAUUCAAUUCAAUUUCUUCUUGGAAUUUCAGUUUAUUGUUUCUGGUGGUUUUCUGACUGGGAGCAAGCCUUGCAAAGCCAAUUGCCCUUAGAUAAGAGAAAAUAAUUGCAGCUAAAUACUUGGAGUUAUUGUUGGCAGGGAAGAAUUUGAGUGAAACUUCUUUUUCCAUCAUCUAGAGUCUAGACUUUAAAAUGGGAUUCGUUCUUUGUUGUGCAUAUUGCACUAUAUAAUGCUGACGCACAAAAUUUACAAACAUUCAAAGUUGUGAUCACUUUCAGAAGCAUUCCCUGUGCUUAUUGAUAAUGAAGUCUGAAAUUAUAUUCCGAGAAACCUUUUAGUGCAUGUUAUUUGCAUAGUCUUGAGAAGCAUAUUCAGUAUGUUGAGCUUGCAUGCUGCAGAUGCAACAAAAACAAGUCCCUUAUGACUUGUUUGCAUUAUGCACAAUGUUUCUUAUGCUAUAGAGACCAGUCUAAAGCUGCUCUAACAUUUGUGGGAAUUGUUUUUUUUUAAAAGCAGAUGUACCAAAGAGUUAUGCAUAUUGCAAUACAAAUACUUAAAAUUUUGAACAUGAAUACACAAUGGGAAAGGGCUAAUGUGCUGAUGAUAUAGGAAAUCAAGACAAGGCUGUAAUUUUAUCUGUGGCGUGGAUGAAAAAUAGCCAUUUAAAUAAAAGUUUUGCAGGAGGCAUACUAUGAAGGCUCUGUGUUCCAAAAUUCCUAUCACUGCUAUGUGCCAACUCCUCCAUGUGCCUAUUCAGCAGAAAUCAUCCGGAAGGCAAGGCACUCCAACACAUCAUUGCUGUGCACAUAUCUGAACCAACAGACCUUUACAUUUCAAUCCAAUACCCAUUUAUUCAGAAGGAAGGCCCAUUAAAUCCAAUGGGACUUCCUGCCACGUAAGCAAGUAUAGGAUUUCAGCUAUAAACGUAAUUACAGUAUACUGCCUACCCUUUCCAUACUGUUGUUGCCUCUGCUUUUUAAUUAUCAUUAUUUUAAAAAACAAGUUAUUUGAUCUAUAACAUUGCAACUGAAAUACUUUAAUAGAACUGCAGUCCAGAAUCUGAAGCAGCUUUCAUCGCCAUGGCUCAUGGAAGGGUUGCCUCUAUUUCAUCUCGCAGCCAAUGCAAUAAAUAACUACAACAUUAUUGUGCUAUUUCUUGUGCUCCAGAUAUUUUAAAAGAGGCCUGGGGAACCUGCGUCCCUCCAGGUGUUGCUAGAUUACAGCUCCCAUCAUCCCUGACCAUUGGUCAUGCUGGCUGGGGUGGACGGGAGUUGGGGUCCAGUAAGUUCUGGAAGGACGCAGCUUCCCCAUCCCUCUGUUAAAACAACAAAAGAGCUUAAGGACACGGUCCUAAAUAUGCUUAACAAGGGAGUGACCCCCACGGAACUCAGUGGAACUUACUUCGAGGAACAAUACCAUAGGAUUACACUGUUGCAAUGCAGUCCUAUACAGUGGUACCUUGGGUUACAAACACCUCAGGUUACAAACUCCGCUAACCUGGAAGUAGUAUCUCGGGUUACAAACUUUGCCCCAGGAUGAGAAUGGAAAUCGCGCGGCGGCAGCGGGAGGCCCCAUUAGUGAAGCGUGCCUCGGGUUAAGAACGGUUUCGGGUUAAGAACGGACCUCCGGAACAAAUUGAGUUUGUAACCCGAGGUACCACUGUAAAUCAACAUACCCUCAGAUUAUUGAGGAUUCUUCUCACGUUCUGCCUCCACCAUCUGUUCCCUUCCAUUAUGGUCCUAGUCAGUGGCGUAGCGUGGGGGGUGCAGGGGGGGCCGGCCGCACCGGGCGCAACAUCUGGGGGGGGCGCUCGCACUCAAGUGCUAAAAUCCAUGGGUUAGGGGGCGCAAAUUACUUGCCUUGCCCCGGGUGCUGACAACCCACGCUACGCCACUGGUCCUAGUGCUCUUCAAUGCUCAGCCCACCAUGAUGCACCAAAGCCCACUUCCACAGGCAUUCACCUUUGCUUUAUAAGUCCAAUUACAAGAUAGAGUUGGACAGGAAGGCAGUGGAACCUUUCCAUGGGAUCUCUCUACCGCUAACUCUAUACUGUACACUCAGAAGUGAGUUCCUUGGACUACAGUGGGGUUCACUCCUUUGCAAGUGUGCUUAGGAUUGUAACCUAAGUGAUCUGUGAAUAAGAAAAAAAGAUAUAUUAACUUCCUUUCUAAGGAAAGAAGCAGGACAUUUUCCUGAAAGCAUUGCUGCACAGAAAGGAGUAAAUGUAACCCAUUCUCCAGCAGAGCAACCUUCCCCGACAUGUUGCCCGUCAUCUGUUUUAAACUACAACUUCUAUCAGCCCUAGCCAGCAUGAUGGAAGCUGUGGUCCAAAAGAUAUUGAGGGCACCAAGUCUGGGAAGGCUGCAGGAUUGCUAUAGAAGAAUGUCAGACUUGCAGAAUACUUUCGCCUAAUAAUUAAUUACACCCCUGAUUGUAGAUUUGAUUCGGGGGGGGCGGAAUGUGGCUACGCCUGCACCUGUUCCUGGGCUUUUACAAAGCAUGGCAUGAUCUGAAAGGUUAGGGCUGAACUUCUUUAUUGCUGGUCCUCAUAAAAGAAUGCAGUGAAUUGGAAGUACAGUGGUGCCCCGCAAGACGAAUGCCUCGCAAGACGGAAAACCCGCUAGACGAAAGGGUUUUCCGUUUUUGAGGUGCUUCGCAAAACGAAUUUCCUAUGUGCUUGCUUCGCAAGACGAAAAUGUCUUGCGAGUUCCUGCGGGGUUUUUUUCCUUUCCCCCCCCUUUUUCCCAAGCCGCUAAACCGCUUAUCAGCUGAUGGCUAAGCCGCUUAUCAGCUGAUCUUUAAACCGCUUAACAGCUGAUGCUAAGCUGCUUAUCAGCUGAUCUUUAAGCCGCUUAACAGCUGGUGCUAAGCCGCUUAUCAGCUGAUCUUUAAGCCGCUUAACAGCUGGUGCUAAGCCGCUUAUCAGCUGAUCGUUAAGCCGCUUAUCAGCUGAUCUUUAAGCCGGCUAAGCCGCUAAUACUGUAGCGCUAAGCCUGUAACCUCUAAUGGGCUUGCUUCGCAAGACGAAAAAACCCGCAAGACGAAGAGACUCGCGGAACGGAUUCUUUUCGUCUUGCGAGGCACCACUGUAAUGGAGAACUUACUAGUAUAAGCUCACUAGAAUGAUGCCAUCUUCUGGCCAGUUCCAGUUAAUGUGAAAGAAAUGCCGGGGGGGGGGGGACUAUCUAUGGCUGAGACAAACAAUUUCAGGUGACCUUUACUGAUCUGAAAUGGAUUUGGGGUUUGUGGGCGUGAAAGAUUUAAUGGAAGGGCCCUUGCUGGUUUUUUUCUGCUGCCUGCUUGGGGUUCUGGUGGUGGCAACAAUCCUAGUCUCCACCGCUGAUGGGCAUUUCCCCCCUUUGCCUACAAGAUGCCAGAAUUAGGGCAGGAACUGUUGGCCUCACUCUGAUUUGGCUUCAUGCCAGUACUAUCUGGACCCAAUUGGAAUGAGGGCAAUGCUUUCUGGCCUCACUCUGUGACUUGUGAGUAUGAUACAAAAUCGUGCCCACCAGCUGAAGGAAUGUCAGGGCUGCUGGUUCUGGUAAGCAGAGCAAACAUAAUGCCCACUUGCAGAGUCUACUAGAAAUCAUUAAAAUGGGGCAUCACCUUUCACCGGUCUUGAACAGGGUGCUGAAGUUGUGAGGCAACAGUACAGCUUAACCUAAUAUCUGCUUUGAGAUGCAUAGCUUUUUACUGCUCUGCAAGUGCAUUAGAAUUGGUAUGUAGUACAGAGAUUGUAGCUAUUUUAGAUUCCUAACAUGUGUGAGCAAGACCCAAGGGCUGUGUUAUUUGCCACUAAUAUACUGUAUUUUAGGUUUGAAAGGAUAAGGCUUCUGAUUAUCAGGGAUAAAAAAAAUUCUGAAAUUACUCUCCCAGGAACUGCUGUGCUAAGAAUGAACCAAAUGGUUUUCAACACAGGCUUGGAUUGAUUUCCAAAGUAUUUUAGCUCUAGCAUGAUUUGUGAACACAGCCAGUAUGCUAACUGGCAAGGAUCUCCUUUAUCAAUGUCUUGAAGUAUGCAAUGUUUAUACAGUGGUGCCCCGCAAGACGAAUGCCUCGCAAGACGGAAAACUCGCUAGACGAAAGAGUUUUCCGUUUUGGAGGUGCCUCGCAAAACGAAUCUGCUAUGGGCUUGCUUCGCAAGACGAAAAUGUCUUGCGAGUUCCUGGGGGUUUUUUUUCCUUUCCCCCCUCUUUUUCUAAGUCGCUAAGCCGCUUAUCUGCUUAUCCGAUAAGCUGAUAAGCUGCUAAAAGCCGCUAAAAGCCGCUAAAAGCCGCUAAAAGCCGCUAAAAGCCGCUAAUAGCACUAAUCCGCUAAUCCGUCAAUGGGCUUGCUUCGCAAGACGAAAAAACCGCUAGACGAAGAGACUCCCAGAACGGAUUCUUUUCGUCUUGCGAGGCACCACUGUAGCGUUGAACUGAGAAAUGUGUAGUGUCAUGCCAUAGAGGCAAGGACUAGUGCACCAAGCUACGCAUGGUUCAGAGCCAUUUAUCAUGCAAAUUGGUCCACUAGAUGAUCAUUGACAAGGUGCAGAAAAUACUAGCUUAAAUGCCUCUGUCAGCCAUACGAUCCUGCCUAUAUGCUAAUAUCUGUUUCAGGGGAUCCUUCUCAAAAGCCCACCAUUACAUUAGGCUAAGCUGUUGGUGUGACCUUCUUGGUGGCGGCCCCAGAGCUAUGGAAUCCCUUCCCAUUGACUUGUGCACAUCUGUACAGGCAUUUAGGCUUUCCUCUUCAGUGUUGCCUUUAACUGAGAUUCUUAUUAACAGGGUUUUACACAGCAGCUACUUAAAAGUAUACCGUAUGCUUGGUAAUUGAGACUCCUGCAUACUGCCCUGCUCUUGCAUGCUGAAGCCUGAAAAAAGUGAUAAAACAUAUUUUAAAUAAACAAACAGCAGGCAUCCAAUGCUUAACUGAACCUGGAACCACUAACUGAUUCAAACCUACACUCUGGCUUAGGGCUCAGAUUUUGCCCUCACAGGAACUGCAAAACCAGGUGCAGAUUCCUCAGUAAAUUACACUUUGUUUACAUUUGAAUCAUUUGUUGCUUCGAAUUGCAGAAUGCACAAAAGCUAUGCAUUUCUUACAAAAGAGACACAAAACUUUUGAUUCCUGAGUAUGCCAAAUAUUAGAAACUAUCCAAUAUACAUGUCAAGAGUACAUGUGGAGAUGCAGGUGGUGCUGUGGUCUAAACCAGUGUUCCCCAACCUUGGGCCUCCAGCUGUUUUUGGACUACAACUCCCAUCAUCCCUCGCUAGCAAGACCAGUGGUCAAGGAUGAUGGGAAUUGUAGUCCAAAAACAGCUGGAGGCCCAAGGUUGGGGAACACUGGUCUAAACUACUGAGCUUCUUGGGCUUCCUGAUCAGAAGGUUGGCGGUUCAAUCCCCAUGACAGGGUGAGCUCCCGUUUCUCUGUCCCAGCUCCUGCCAGCCUAGCAGUUCGAAAGCACACCAGUGCGAGUAGAUAAAUAGGUACCGCUGCGGCGGGAAGGUAAAUGAUGUUUCCGUGCACUCUGGUUUCCGUCACGGUGUUCCAUUGCACCAGAAGCGGUUUAGUCAUGCUGGCCACAUGACCCAGAAAGCUGUCUGUGAACAAAUGCUGGCUCCCUCGGUCUGAAAGCGAGAUGGGCGCCGCAACCCCAUAUUCGCCUUUGACUGGACUUAACCGCCCAGGGGUCCUUUACCUUUACCUAACAUGCGGAGCACUUGUGCAUGGGUGGCCCAGCCUUGUAUUGAGAGAGAGACUGCACAAUGCACCUUCUAGCACAAUAUUUCUGCCCCACAUUGUAAGAGGGAGAUUAAAUGCUUUGUUGUAAUAGGUACUUCUAAAGGCUUAUUCUUAUUCUUCUUCCUCUUCUUUUUAAAGACUUGUGGCCCUUUGUGGGCACAACAGUGUGGGAGCCAGUACUAUGCAACAGGGAUCUGCUCUGAGUUCGGCCCAAGUUUCCAGAUCAUGAGAAGUUUCUCCCCUGCUGUGCAAAGUAAGUACUUAAGUAUGAUUCAGUAAGCAAUUUCAUUGCUUUAAAUACGAGACAAGAGACUAUGCUGCUAAAAUAACUGGCUCAGACUUUUUCUAUCCCCUUCUUUUGCAGAAUGUUCUUCUGCCAUAGAUGUGGUGGUUGUAUGUGAUGAGUCAAACAGCAUUCAUCCCUGGCAUGCUGUAUCGGAUUUCUUGAAAAAGUUUGUUCAAGGUUUAGAUAUAGGUCCCACAAAAACUCAGGUGCGUAGAAUUGGGGCACAGGGGGUAGGGUCAGCAGAACUGAAGCACCAUGCCUUAUUGGGGGGGGGUGUCUUUCCUGUUACUGCAAAGCCACCAUUGGAUACAGCCCAUUAUGUAUGAGUUGGCAGUGUAAAGCUUCAUUUUUUAAUGUUAGGCGUGGGGGACAUGUGUCCCGCUCCCGCCCCCCAGAUUCUGCUGAAUUUAGAACUUCCAUCUUCCCUGGCCAUUGGCAAUGCUGGCUGGAGCUGAUGGGAACUGGAGCUUAUAGAUGUAUUGCACUGGUUUAUUUAGUUAGUACUAUAACACUUUUUCCUCUUAAUUUUAUCUGAAAUUUUAGGUAGGCUUGAUUCAGUAUGGUGUUGACCCAAGAGUAGUGUUCGACCUGGGUACUUACCAAGAUAAAGGAGAUGUUGUACGAGCAAUGUCAGAAACCGUUCAAAAUGGAGGGGUCCAAACUAAUACAUUCCGCGCAAUUGAAUAUGCCAGGUAAAGCACACCGAAUAGCAGCUGACGCUCAGCUAAACAGAGAUCCUCUUUUUAAUUUAAAACAGAACAACUCUAUCACUGACAAAAAUAUAUAUCUGUAUGUGAGGGUAAAUUAAAACAAUGUUUGAAUACAACUUUGAAUGCUAAUGUACUUGAUAUCAGCUAAGGAUUUUGUAGUGAUGCUGUUUUUCUGCAUCUUCACUCUGUUGGUGGUAAAAGUACUACGUGAAAGCAUGCGUAAAAAGCAGUAUUUGUAUAUAGUAAAUCACACAUGCUGUUCAUUACAGACGUAACGCUUUCUCAAAAAAAGCUGGUGGGCGGCCAACAGCCUCUAAAGUCAUGGUUGUUGUGACAGAUGGUGAAUCACAUGAUGGCUCGAAUAUGCAAGAAGUGAUAACUAAAUGUAAUGAGGACAACAUCACUAGGUUUGGCAUAGCAGUAAGUAAGGCUUUCAUUAUUGCGACUGUAACUUUAGCCCUUGCUAUCUUUAAUGCAUGGAUUACAAGGGGACUAAAAUAAUUGUGACAAUGAGUCUAGAAUGUAGCUCUUCCGUGAGGAAUAUUCAUAAGGGAUGGGGGGCGGGGGGGGGCGGAAUUGUUUGAGUCACAUUUUCAUGCAAACCUGCCCAGUUCACACUUCCCAAACCAAUAAACAAGAUGGACCACAGCUAUCCAUCAGAUUUUGAACUUCUCCAAAUUUUGGGAUGCAGUUCUCCAACCCAAAACUCUGCAGAAAGAUGCAUGUAUCAGUGAAACUAUCGUACAAAACUGCAUUAUAUUAGGAGAACUUGCUUGUAAACGUGUAUAUAUUUGAGAGAGUUGCAUCCAUAUAUGUACAUAUUAGGAUAAAGGUGCAUGAAAAUGCUUUUGAAUUUUAAAGCAAAAAUUUGCAAAUUGGUGCAGAAAUGGAGUGAACUGUACUUAAGCUUGGAAAAAUGGGAAGCACAGAGAAACGGAAAUAUAUGUUCAUCCCCAAUAUGCAUUUGUCAAGUUCAUAGCUCUAUAGAUGCUGCAUUCUUCAUACAGAAGUCUUCAGUGUGGUCUUCUAGAUCCAUUUCAGUCAAAAGAGAUGCUUUGCGUAUUCAUCUUCACGCAGUUAUCUGCUUCUGUGACCCACCUAAUUGCAACCUCACCAGCUGAUGGUAACAACAUUAAGUCUAACCACAUCAGGAAAAUGUCACAUUUUUAAAAGUUUCCCUGAUUGUGGUUUACACAAGGAAAUAAUUUAUAGUGAGGCACACAUGAAGCAGUGUCUGAAGUGGGCAUCAGUGAGAACUGCUGAAAUGCCCUCAAAGUGCUAUCCCCCCCCCCCAACCAGUAUGACCUUAGCAGAGAAGUACAUGGUGCCGAGACAGAAGUAGUAACAGGAGAUAGAGGUAGUAAGAAAAGUGUAAUUUCCUUUAGCAAGUCACUUCCCCUCCAAAUGCAUGUACCCCCCCAACAUGCUCACCACUGGGUUAGCAUGUGGUGACUAGGUAGACAGCCCUUUUCACUUGAUCUGCUAUGCCCAGUAGAGGUUGUGUGAAGGGACAAAAUGGAGACAAAAAUGUUCUGUAACAAGUACGUAAUACAGAUGUAUCUGAAUGCUUCUUAUUAAAAUUCACAUGAUCAUUCUUUCCCCUCCCCCUCAAGGUAUUAGGAUACUUAAUUAGACAAGACAUGGAUACUAGAAAUUUAAUCAAAGAAAUCAAAGGAAUUGCCAGUGUUCCCACAUCAAAAUAUUUCUUUAAUGUGUCAUCUGAGGCGGCACUUUUAGAAGAAGCAGGAACGUUGGGAGAGCGAAUUUUCAGCAUAGAAGGUACUAAAAUAAAGAGUUUCCCUUUCUACUAAUCAAUCCUAUCCAGCGCUAGCUAACCUGUUACUUGCCAGAUGUUGCUGCGUUACAAACCCCCUAUCAUCCUUGGCUUUUGACCAUGCAGGCUGGUUCUGACAGGAGUUGGAAUCUAACAACAUCUUUUGGGGGGGCACAGGUUUCCCACCUGCUGAAAUCAGUGUGUCACAAAAUUUAUUUGUAACUGGUGAUAGACAUAUGAGUAAACAUCAUUUUCCCCCCCACCAGGUACUGAUCAAGGUGAUUUAUUCCAGAUGGAAAUGUCACAAGUGGGAUUCAGUGCUUCAUACUUGCAGCAAAAGGUAAUGAACAGCUUGUAAACCAACACUGCAUUUAACUUACAUUGCCAACAAUACUACCUUUUUUUACUUGAAGAAGAAACUGUUAGAAUGGUAGAGAAUCACAAAACGAUAGAAAUGUAUAAGUAGAAAAGUAUAUUGAAAACUACUUGUGUUGGGGAUGUGUCACUGCCUCUUGUAUCAUUGAAAAUCAUUCACUGAAAAUACCUGAGUAUAUUUUAAUCCCCGUUUGCCUUUGUUUUGCUUUCUCUUAAGGAAGUUCUGAUGCUGGGUGCUGUGGGGGCCUAUGAGUGGACUGGAACGGUGGUGCAGGAGACAGCAAAACAAGCUGCUAUAUUUCCCAAGGAAGCAUUUGAAAAAGUUUUGCAAGACAGAAAUCAUACCUCCUAUUUAGGUGAGGGUGGUGGUUCAAAGGGCAGAGUGAAAUAUUUCUCAAAUGUUCUUGGGUACUCUUUAUCACAUUCCUGAUUUAGAACUGUGGAAAGCCAAUUAAAGAUUUAUCAUUCAAGAGCAUUUUCUUUUCUUUUAGAUACUUGAACUUGAGAACUGUUGCCAGAAGUUUCAAGCAUUUGCUCUCUUUAAAUGAACAGUAAUUUGUCUUUUAUCUAAUUUAUUGGUUAAUAAAAUACAGUUUUCUAAAAACCAAUAUGGGUGUUAGGAACUUGUUUUGACUCUUAUCUGCAUGCCUUUUGAAGGGGAGAGCCUGCAGACUCAUGGGGGUCCUUGAAUAUUCAUGUGGUUUACAAGUACAAAAUGAGUCUCAUAAGGCAGUCACUUCAGAAUUAUAUUGGCAAGUGAUGGAGAAUUCUUUCUCCUGAUUUCUAUGAUUACAUAUUCUAAUGGGGAAAACAUUAUGGACUUCAGAGCUAUUUUCUUGAGAUGUUACCAAGCCCUAUAUGCAUCCAUAAGCUUGCUAAAACUCUAAAGAGUUCUCAGACCAAGACUCUGGACAAGAAAUAAUCAAAAUAGAAAUAGCUGAGGCAAAAGCUAUAAAAUGGAUUAUGUGGCAGCUAAGUAAGGGCUGUGUCUGGUGGAUAACUUUGCGCUAGCAGAAAGCACUUACACUCACAAAAAGCAGGACACCGAAUUCUUGCCAAUCCCUCUUAGUGAUUGCAGCCCCCCUCCCCAAGCCAAGUCCUGUACUGUUCCAGAGGAUUUCAAACAGCCAGAAACAGCUUUUCAGUGGGUACAAUGGGCUGCAGGGAGUAGGAAAUAUUGUCAAAAUUGGGUACUUAAGGUUCCUAAAGCCCAGAAUCUGGGAAAGAAAAAGACCCAUAAAAUCAUGGGGUAGUAAAUUGUGUAUUUGUCAAACUAGAAAUAAAGUGGCACUCCACUUCCUGGUCCAUUCAGGACAAGGACGGAGGUCCCCCAGUGUCUCACUUGAGGGCUAUGGAGUCUUCACAUGUGUGUUAAUAGUGCCACUGUGCAUGUGUAUCUUGACAUGGGUCUUUCUGAAUGCAGCUGUGUUCCACAUGACAGAGAACAUGAAGCUGUAUGUAGGGGGAACAUAACACCCCCUGCUCCAUUGUUCCAUCUGUUUCAGAGCCUGGCAUUUAAUGUGAAUGGUCCCAGAUCAUCACUUGUCCUAAAAUAUAUGUAUCAGAGUGGUUACGCCAGCCAGCAGUGCUCGCUUGUGAAGUUUUUUUCAGCAAAGGUUGCAGCUAAUCAGAACCUCCUUUCUGUAGCUGGACCAGAAGUCAUAGGACCUUGGCAUGCAGCAACCGAAAUAGAAUCUACAUUUCAGUUUUAGAAUACUUUUCAUGCUCGGUUGCCUUUUUGAACAACUGCACCACUGUUACUUGAUAACGAUAACUAUGACUUUGCUUUUCAGGUUAUUCUGUUGCUGUUCUUUCAGCAGAAGAUACUGUCUAUUUUGUUGCUGGUGCUCCACGGUCCAACUACACUGGCAGAGUGGUGGUUUAUGAGAUUGAUGUUCACGGCAAUGUAACUAUUGUUCAUUCUCAAAGAGGAGAGCAGGCAAGUGCAGAAGUUGGCACUGAAUUUUCUUGUUUGUGUUAUAUAUGUAUAAAUGUCACAGGCACCAGCUGUCGCAAGUAGGGUUUAAAACUGAUAUUUACUUGCAUUGCAAGUUUGCCUUUCCAAAGUUGUGUAUCUUGUCUGCACAAAUCCAACUACAAUGUAUGGCUGUAACUGGCACUGACAUGCGCCGUCUGAUAAAAAAUGUUCUAUCAUUUCAGAUUGGUUCCUACUUUGGUAGUGUGCUAUGUUCCGUGGACGUUAAUGGCGAUUCAGUAACAGAUGUGCUCUUGGUUGGCGCACCAAUGUUCAUGAAUGAGUUAAAAAAAGAAGAAGGGAGAGUCUAUAUGUUUUCAGUCAGAAAGGUACAUAAAAUAUAUUGGGUUGCCAAGAGAGCAGCUCAAAGCUCUGGUGUUUUCCUAAAUACUUGGUCUGUGGUUAAUCCAGAAAUUCCAUUUGGCUCUCAUCCAUCUAAAGCAUGUAUAUGGGGUAACUACAUGCAUGGAUACCUUUCAAAAUGUUUGAAAUUCUACUAAUUGGUCAUUGGAUGCGCAAGGGAGAAUGGGGAGAUGAAAUCCACUCCUUGUUACCCCUUGCAAAUAGCUGAUAAGUGGUGUUUUUGUUUUUUUUAAAAUAAAUAAAUAAAUUUCAAGCUGUCUGCAUAUCUUGGUGAACUCUUGGAAUGAAUGGAAUGGCAAGAGACCUAUUUGAACACAGUAUCCUUCAACCCACUGAGGAUGACUUUCAUUUAAACAGUCCCCUUAGUUGGAUCAAUUAGCCUGAUAGAAUGACUGUGCUAUUUUACGCAGACAGCAAUAAUUACUGAUAAUAUUGGGAAGUAUGCAGAAGCUACUUACCUUAGCAAUAAUUCCUGAGAUGCUUAAUGGAAAGUUUUUCUUACUUGUGUCUGUUUUUAGGACUUCCUAUAUAGUUGGCACAACAAAAAUAGACAAGGGAAUAAGAAUUUCCACCUCUGAUUUUUCUAUUUUGUAAGAACUAGGAAAUUCCAUUUCUUUUUCAAAGAACUGCAUUCAGGUUCAAGAAUAUUUGUCUAAUGUGUUUCAUAAAACUCUAAUGCAAGACCCCCCGCCCCUCUUUCUCUGGCCUUUUUUCAAAGGGCAUUUUGGGCAAACAAGAACUUCUAGAAGGGCCUCAAGGGACUGAAAACGCUCGGUAUGGAUCUGCUAUUGCUGUUGCUUCAGAUAUCGAUUUGGAUGGUUUCAAUGAUGUGAUAGUUGGAGCGCUACUAGAAAACCAGAAUGCUGGUGCUAUCUACAUUUACAAUGGUAAACAGAGGACAAUACACACUAAAUAUUCCCAGGUAAAUUACUUUUUUUACAGAAUGCUAUAAAUUAGGUCUGCUCCUGGUCUGAACCGUUCUCUGGUCUGAACAGUCAUACCUAGACAUUGGCUGUUUUGGCUGGGACUGAGGGGAGCUAGAGUCUAGCAAUAUUUGGUGGGCCACAGAUUCCCCAACCCUGAUUUAGAGUUUUGCCCAGGCUCUGAGCACGGUUAUUUGUCCUCUCUUUUUGUUGGUAUCUUGCAUGUUUUAUGGGGCCUUUUCUGUCAUUACACUGUAUGACUCUGAGGAACAAAAUCUUUCAUUGCAAAUCCUAGUUCCUAUUCCCAUGUGAACCUCCCUGUAGUUUAAGAUCAGAUGAGGAGGCCCGUCCAAUAGGACCUCAGAUCUGGUGGCGCUCAAAUGAUCUAAUAAUCCCCAGCCUCUCAUUAGCGUUGCUUGAUAGGAUUGGUUAUGAAGUUCAUUGUGUGACUUGGCUCAGUUUCUGUCUUUCAGCCUAAUGUACUUCACAGAACUGUUGCAAAGAUAGAAUGGGGUGGGAGAACAAUGUACACCAAUUUGAGCUCCUCAGAGGAAAAUGGAAUAUAAAUGUAGUAUAGUAAUUUUAAAAAUGUGGAAAUAAUUAACCAUACAGCUACUGAUUGUUUGUUUGUUUGUUUGUUUACUGUUAAGGUCUUGUGGCACUUUAAAGGUGAAUACAUUGAUUGUGGAAUUAUGUUUGCAAGACUAGAUACUACUUUGUCAGAUGCGUGUGCUUUUCAAACUAACUCAAAAGCCAAUGAUGAAAAUCAAUAACGACGACUUCAUUGCUAAUAUGAAACAUUUGAGCAAGGGAGAAUCCUCAAAAUAACCCAUAUGUGAAUGAAAACAUCAACAUGCCUGAUACAAAUAUUUCUCUUCUCAGAAAAUUUUGGGAUCAGACCCUGCGUUUGGACAGCAGCUCCAGUAUUUUGGAAGAUCAAUAGAUGGCCAUAGUGAUUUAAAUGGUGAUGGGAUCACUGAUGUAUCUGUGGGCUCUGAUGGAAACGUGAUUCAACUCUGGUGAGACAUGGAUUUUUUUUUUAAAAAAGCAACAAAUAUCUUUAAUCGGCUCUGGAUCCAUUCCAGUCCAGCUUCCGCACUGGUCAUGGGGCCGAGACGGCUCUGGUUGCCCUAACAAAUGAUCUUCGUAGACAGCUGGAUCAAGGUGGGUCAGGGCUGCUGAUUCUUCUAGAUCUGUCAGCAGCUUUCGACGUGGUCGAUCACGAACUUCUGGACCACCGCCUUGCCGACGUGGGGAUCCAGGGCAUAGUCCUUCAAUGGCUGCGCUCGUUUCUCUCUGGUCGGGGACAGAGGGUGGCGCGUGUGGGGGAAUUGUCAUCUCGCCACUCCUUGGUGUGUGGAGUACCUCAGGGUGCGAUACUCUCCCGAUGCUUUUAAACAUCUUUAUGCGCCCCUCGCCCAGCUUGUCCGGAGUUUUGGGCUGGGUUGCCAUCAGUAUGCUGAUGACACCCAACUCUAUCUGUUGAUGGAUGGCCAUCCUGACUCGGCCCCAGACACACUGACCAGAUGUUUGGAAGCUGUGGCUGGAUGGUUACGUGGGAGCCGGUUGAAGCUAAAUCCUUCGAAGACAGAGGUCCUGUGGCUGGGACGGGACGAUAUGGGAUUGGGGGCAACUCCCAUCUCUUGCAGGGCGCAAUUAGUGCCAGCACCGUCCGUUAAGAGUUUGGGUGUAAUCUUCAACACCUCCCUUUCCAUGGAGGCGCAGAUUGCAGCUACAACAAAGGCGGCAUUUUUCCAUCUCCGGCAAGCUAAGCAGUUGGCUCCUUACCUCUCUCGCCCUGACCUAGCCACUGUGACCCACGCGACGGUCACCUCCAGACUGGAUUAUUGUAACUCGCUCUACGUGGGGCUGCCCUUGAGACUGACCCAGAAACUCCAGCGGGUGCAGAAUGCUGCAGCGAGACUCCUUACAGGGUCUUCGCUGCGAGAUCACAUUCACCCAGUGCUAUACCAGCUGCACUGGCUCCCGGUGGAGUACAGGAUCAGGUUUAAGGUGCUGGUGUUAACCUUUAAAGCCCUAUACGGCCUAGGACCCUCGUACCUACGGGACCGCCUCUCCUGGUAUGCCCCACAGAGAAACUUACGGUCUUCAAAUAAAAACAUCUUGAAGGUCCCAGGCCACAGAGAAGUUAGGCUGGCCUCAACUAGAGCCAGGGCUUUUUCGGCCGUGGCUCCGAUCUGGUGGAACACUCUGUCACAAGAGACCAGGGCCCUGCGGGACUUGACAUCUUUCCGCAGGGCCUGCAAGACAGAGCUGUUCCACCAGGCCUUUGGCCAGGGCACAGCCUGACUCCCUCCCUCGGCAAUCUUCUCGGAGCUCUGGCCCAAUGGUUGCCAGUGGCUUGAAUUAAUUAAUUUUAUAAUGAAUGAUUUUAGAGUGUUGUUUGUGCUGUACUUUUGUACUGUUUUAUUGUUGUUAGCCGCCCUGAGCUCGGCUUCGGCUGGGGAGGGCGGGAUAUAAAUAAAUUUUAUUAUUACUAUUAUUAUUAUUAUUAUUAUUAUUAUUAUUAUUAAUGGCCCUUCUCCCACUGCUUCUCUUCCAGUCCCUAACUUAAUUCUGAAUGAGAGAAAGAAAUUUAGGGUGGUAUUCAACUCAGUGCUGAAUAUAUGUUUAGCCUGAGGUCCCACUAUAUUCUAUGGGACUAGCUCCCUAUUGUGUAUACGAAUGCAGCCUAAUUGACUGUUGAUUUUGUAAGUAUAAAUUCUAGAUAGAUGCCUCCUCAGAACAAAUCUCCCUUUUUUGCAAUUAAGUUUACAGGCAAAUCUGCCUGUUUGUAUUUCAGGUCUCAGAGUAUUGCUGCUGUGUCCAUCCAUGUAUCAGCUACACCGAAGAAGAUAAGCUUGCUAAACAGGAAUACAGAGGUAGUUCUCCACAUAUGUUUCAGUGCAACCUUUAGACCUGCUCACAGGACAAAUCAAGUGGGUAAGUAUUUCUACAGUCUUGUUUUACAUGAUUAUUAUUUUUUUUAAAAAGAGUAUUACUUGUUGGGGCAAGAUGACCUACUACUGUAAGGCUGCAAUUGCAAGAUCCCCUUAUGGGCAUAAGCUUCACUACACUCGGUGGGAUAUACUCCCGAGUAGACAUGUAUAGGGUUGCAUUGUUGAUUUAAGUAAAAUUCUUACUUCUGAUUAAGGCUGGGAUAAAAAUAUUUUCAAUAAUUGCAAAUAAAAGAAUAAAGGAGAUAUGUGUGGUUGUGCCACUGAAAAGCUGUAUCAAAAAUGCAAAAUUUCUUGUCCUUCUGUGGACAGCACCAGUGCAUCACCAGGGUAGGUAUAGUACUGAAUAUUCCAGUUAUUUGUGUAUGAACAAAUAUAUGUGAACUUAGGCUCCCCCCCUCUCACAGUAGGGUAACCAGAUGCUCCUUGAAUAAUUGUGUAGGAGAGAUAAUUUUAUCUGGUGUUCUUGACAGUUCAUAAUAGCUGAAAUUCCCUUUCCUUCACAACUUUUUCUCUUGUCUUCUUUUUCACUGGGCUGCCGAAGAGCAGUUAUAAAGAAUCAUGAAGAUAUGAAGUGUUUUUCAACUGAUGUUUGAAGUUGUGUUUUUUUUAUUGUUGUAAGCUGCCCCGAGUACGUAAUACAUUUGCAUUAGAAGGGUGCGAUGUAAAUUUCUCAAUGAACAAACAUAUUCCUUUAAAAUAUGUACCUUUUUUUUUCCUUUUAAGAUAUCAGAUACAACCUGACAUUGGAUGCUGAUCUCUUGUCUUCUCGAGUGACUUCCCGAGGAUUGUUUAAAGAAAAUAAGGAGAGGUAUCUACAGAAUAAUAUCCUAGUCCGCUCCACGGAGAACUGCAAGGAGCAUGUUUUUAAUGUUCAGGUAGAUAUUAGCUAACUGAUCUAUAUGUUAUGCAUAUUUGUAGAAAUGAAUGGUUGUGGCCUGGCCCUUGCAAACAGCAGGUAACAGUUGCAGCUUGUAGCUACUCUGCCUGUACAACUUCAGACAGCCAUUGAGAGAUCAUAUGAUGGAAUGUUCCAUUGGCAUCUGUAUAUAAACUCCAUCACCUAUCAAUAACAACCAUUGCAGACCUUAGGAUUGGCAGAGGAGGUGCUGCUGCCACUGGGGGCUGCCCAGUUGGUGUUGACAGGGCCUUUUCAGUGGACGUUGUGGGAUGCUGUUCCUGGUGUGGUGUGUCUGUCUCCCUAAUUGUUGACUCAGGAGGAAUAUAAAGACAUCCCUGUCUAGGCAUUUGGUGGCUUAAAAACACUGCUCCUGGUAACCCUGCGGGAGCUAGCAGAGAUAAUGUUUUUAACUGCAACAGCUUUUAUUUUUUAUUGUGGAGGUGUUAGCCACCUUGGGCAGGGCCGUAGUCCGGAGUGUCAUCUCUUUACUAAAACCGCCGUGUGUUCAAUCACUCAGCCACUCCCCACCCAUGGUUUGGGUAAAUGUAAUUAGGAAGGGGUAGUACUGUGAUAAGUUAGUCUUGUACAAAAACAAAAUGUUCGGCAGAAUGCAGUGUAUUAAAAAAAUAUAUUCAAUAUUAUUUAUCAGAGCCAGAAACUCCUGUCUUCCACUGCCUCUCGCAGCUUGGUCAAACUCAUGCUUGAAGCUACCAGCAUGAGUUUGACCAAGCUGCCGGAGGCAGUGGAAGACAGGAGUGCCUGGGGUUAUGAAGAGUCAGACACAACUAAACGACUAAGCAACAACAUCAGAUCAUUUGGACCACUGAAUUACAGGUAUUCUCAGCCAGCAGUUGUGUAUAUGAGAAAUAUUAACUGAACAGAUUUCAGUUGGUGGUUUGUAUUUCUAUGUUUGUGUUUAUAGGAGCCCUCUGAUGCUGUCAACUCUCUUAGUGUGCGUGUUGAUAUUGGCCUCAAUAAUCCUGGUUCAAGUCCUGCUCUUGACAAAACUUCCCCUGCAUCUGUUACUUACAGUGUAAGUAUAUUAACACACAUUACUCUUGCUGCAUAAUCAAUAAGUUGACACGUGAUCAAUGUGAGUCCCACUAUAGUAACAGAAAACUAGGUUGUUUUAGUGGCACUUAUCGGCUAAAUCUAUCAGUGCCAUGACUAGACUAAAAAUAUAGAAUUUGUUAACAAGCACAGGAGUCAGCAUUCUUUGGACCCAUAUACAAGGUUCGGGGACUAGCAAUGCCUCAGUUGAGAACAGCUUUACAAGCCCCCAAAUCCUGACUCACAUUGAAAAUUUCAUCAGAGAAUACUUCCUGACUUACCAUCCAUUUGCAAAAUGUCUGGUGGGAGCAAAUAGCAACCUGCUGCUGUCAGAAAAAGAUGGCCUUCAAUGGCGAGUUUCUGUCUGCUCAGCAGCAGCAGCAUGUCAACAAAGAGAGCUGUUAGUCUCCUUAAAUUGGCGCUGUGGUCUAAACCACUGAGCCUCUUGGGCUUGCCAAUCAGAAGGUCGGCGGUUUGAAUCCCUGCGGCGGAGUGAGCUCCUGUUGCUCUGUCCCAGCUCCUGCCAACCUAGCAGUUUGAAAGCACACCAGUGCAAGUAGAUAAAUAAGUACCGCUGUGGCGGGAAGGUAAACGCCAUUUCCGUGUGCUCUGGUUUCCGUCACGGUGUUCUGUUGCACCAGUAUCGAUUUAGUCAUGCUGGCCACAUGACCUGGAAAGCUAUUUGUUGGCAAAUGCUGGCUCCCUUGGCUUGAAAGCGAGAUGAGUGCCACAACCCCAUAGUUGCCUUUGACUGGACAUAACCGUCCAGGGGACCUUUACCUUUUUAUCUAUUGAAAUGUAUAGAGAGAUUGAUUUUUCCUUUGAUUUCAGAUUAACUCAGGAAAAGGCUGGGCCAUUUCCUGCCUCACCCACCCACCCAAGGAGGAGUUGGGAAGCUCAGUUUAUUUCUGAGUGUGAAUUGAGAUCUAAGUGUGAAUUUAGAUCUACUGAGAUCGAAGUGGAGCUUUCCCAUCACUAAUCCCAAAAGUUUCAACUUCCAUUUAAAGUUGAGGUUUAUUUAUUUAUUUAAUUAAAGUACUUUUUAAAAUUUUAAUAGUUAUAUUUUCAGAAGACAAAAAAAACACAACCUCAUGAUACACUUGAAAGCAGACCAGGUGAGGUCUUGGAAAGAUACUGGGAGACAGGGAAAGGAUUUGGAGAGGGUGGUGUGAGCCUUAAGUACAUUCAACAUCUCUUUGUCAGCCUCAUUACAAUAAAAGCAGAAUAAAUGAUACGAAGAAAGGCGAAGCGAGCAUAUUUUCUUGAACUUACAUAGUUCAAAAAAUUUGAGUAGUCUUCGGGCAAGAGUUGGGUUACAGAAUUAUAAAUGUGUUAAUUUAUUAGCAUAGAAUAGACAGAGAACCAUAGAGACCCUUAUUAUGACACUUAGGUACUAGUAAUAACAGCUGUUUGGAUUUUUAUUUCAUUUUUAUUCAAUAAAUUUAUUUCCCAUUCUUGCUCCCAAAGACGACCAAAAAGAAAUAUAGAUUCCCCCUACCUUGAACAAAGAAGAUGGGAGUAAUUUUUAAUUUUAUUUUAAUGUUAUUUUGUAGAUACCAUUUGUUAAAGAUUGCGGUGAGGAUGAAGUAUGCAAUACGGACCUUGUGCUUGAUGUUCAACAGAAAGGAAAUAAUGGGUAAGACCCAAUUUUGCAUCUUGGUUCAACAUUUCAGGUUGGGUUUUGUAUUACACACACACACAUACAGUGGCGGAGCUUCAUGCUCCGGCACCGGGGGGGGCGGAGACCAGGCAGAGGUGGGGCUGGCACGCGUCCCGGGGGCACGGCACCUGCAGGGGCACGGGGCACGUCCUGGGGGCGGGGGGCGCCCAGCAUGGGCGAGGGGGCACCCACGAUGGCACCCUACCAGGAUCGCACUGCGGGGGGAGGUGCGCUCCCCCCGCACUCCUCUUCCUCUGCCAGUGUGUGUGUGUGUGUGUGUGUGUGUGUGUAUAUAUAUACCUUGUAAACUCGAGUUCAACCACAUUAACUGUGUGUUUCUGUUCUAUCUUUUUCCUCCCUGGCAACAGCAAACAACACUUUGUUAUCAGCAGUAAGAACAAAAGAUUGAUAUUCAGCGUGAAACUGAGAAACCAGAAGGAAAAUGCAUACAACACCAGAAUUCAAAUUGCUUUUUCCAAAAACUUGUUUUUUGCUUCAUCUUCUUCACCCGUACGUGUAAUGUUUAUUUCAGUUUCUACCGCUGUCAUUGGUGGUAGUGAUACAACUUUUUAUUUUUAGAAGAGUAUUUACCGUACUUUUCCGUGUAUGAGAUGAGGGUUUUUUACUCUAAAAUAAUGUUUAAAAAUGGGGGUCGUCUUAUACACGGAUAGUGCAUGGGGGGGGUAAUUGGUUGCAGCCGCGAGCAAGAGCUUGUCAGCUGCGAUUUGGUGGUUGAUUGGUAGCUGCUGCAAGGGCUGCUUUGGAUUGGCUGGUGCUGUGGUAAUUGGGUGGGUGAUUGGUUGCUACAGAAAGGGCUGUUGUGGAUUGGCCGAGAUUGUGGGUUGCUGUUUGCAAGCGGGCAAAUGCUUGUUUGAUUUGGCAACAUGAGGGAUUGUAAGCAUUUUGAUUCUGGUUAGUGAUUUUCAUCAUUCCCCACCCCCACCCCCCAAAAAGCUCAACAGCUCUGGGCCAUCUUUCCCCCAUUUUCUUAAAUUUGAGUCCCCAAAAAUAGGGGACGUCUUAUACAGGGGGCGUGUUAUACACGAAAAAAUACGGUGCUUUUAGAUUUCUGCCCUUUUGUUAGAGUGUGAAUCCCACCCAAUCUCUUCACCAUUGAAAAUAUAUGCCCUGAAAUAUCAAAACUGCAUAAUGUUCUAUUUUGUCACAAAUCAGACCUGUGCAGUGUAGUCCUAAACAUGUUUACUCAGAAGUCCCACUGAGUUUAGUGGGACUUUCUCCCUAGUAAUCAUGUUUUAGAAUUGCAGCCUAAUUCUAGUAGUUCAGUUUGCCAAGCUUAAGAAAGAAACGAGCCAGCCAUCUUAACGCUUAGUGGAAAAAUCAACUGACUUGUGCACUUUUUCUCCCACGCCAGUAUCUGAGCCUUUCAGUAUUAUAACCACUUACUUCAGAGUAAGCACUACAUAAUGCAAGCAUCCUCUGUUUCUGUUCUACAGUUUAACGCUGAAAAAUGUCUACUUGUUACUUUUAGGUAGACGGAACUGAAGUUUCAUGUCAGAUGACCACUAUCCAACAGCUUGUCGUCUGCCAAGUCAGCUACCCUGUGUUUAAAACAGGACAACAGGUAUGUCUUAGAGUUCCUGUGCAUUUCUAGGUUUUGCAGAAACAACCAGCUUUGACUUCAUGCACGUGUAUUGUAGCUCUGCUGAUGUAAACAAGCAUCCCAGAACUCUCUAUGCCUGAUUCUAACCAAUUGAAUUUCCUUUGUGGAAAAAUUGGCUCCAUAAGAUUCCCAGUGAAAGAAUCAUAGUCUCCUUAUGGUGUGCAUGUCACAGGUGAGGGAGGAUAGCUGCCCUUAUUCACCUUAGGAUAAAAUUCAGAGGUAUAAUGCACCUCUUGGCCUACCAGUUACAGCCAACAGGGUAAGUAUUAGGAAUCAGUGUGGUUUUCAUUGCAUCAGUGUCAAUGCUUCUGAUUUGGUGGUGGUGGGAAAGCAAUGCAUAUUUACAGCUGACUCAUCAAUAUUUCUUUAAGAUAGGCCCCUCAGUGUUUAGCUUCAGCACAAAGUAACUUGCUGAAAUAUUUGAUGGCUAAAAGCUGAACACAAACUAUUGCAAUACUUUUACUAUUAAUAGUUAUAGGUGAAAAUUAAAUUCUAAUGUAACAGCUGUGAUACUUUUAUUUCCAUGGAUAGCCCCUGCUUUAUAACUAAACUAACAAGUUGAUACUAGUAUAAUAUAUCAACCUCAGAUCAGCUGAAGCACAGAAACCAACUGUAGUAUGUACAGGUAUAUGUACUUAGAGCGAGACAGACAGUGAACCUGGGUUCAGGUAUAAUGCUAAGCCAAACAGUGGCUUAGCCCCAGGCAGCCUGGCAGCAGUGGGACUGGGGAAGGUGCUCUGAGAACUCACGUUUGCUCAUUCAUUCCAAGCCAUGAUUUGGCUUAGUGCUAUGUGCAAACCAGGUCACUGUCAUAAAUGAUAAUUGAAAGCAGCUUUGCUUAUUUUAAUUUCAUCUUUUAUCUCUGUUUUUCAUAGGUAACUUUUGAUGUUCAUUUUGACUUUAAUUUGAAAAAUCUUCAGAAUCUGGCAGUUCUGCGUUUUCAAGCUCUGAGGUAUGGUAUAAUAUUUCGUAUAACAUUUUUAGCGCGUAACUUGCAGCUUAUAGCAACAGUUAAGGUAUUAUUAUCAGCCUGUGUUUAUAAAUGCAUUGGGCGUUUAAAAUAUGCAGUUCUUUUUGUUACUGAUAGUGCAAGCAAUGAAGAGGAUGAUACCAACAAUCAGGUCAACCUAACUGUUCCACUUCGCUAUGAUGCAGAAGUUCACUUAACAAGGUAACUAUAAACGACCAACGUUUUUUGCAUUAACAAGACUAGUCAAAAUUCUGGGCAACUGUAAAAACUAGUGAUCCCACUUGUGAUUCUAAGCAACUGGCAUAUAGAGGCAUAAGUAAAGGUAAAGAUAAAGGGACCCCUGACCAUUAGGUCCAGUCGUGGCUGAAUCUGGGGUUGCAGCGCUCAUCUCGCUUUAUAGGCUGAGGGAGCCGGCGUACAGCUUCUGGGUCAUGUGGCUAGCAUGACUAAGCAGCUUCUGGCAAACCAGAGCAGCACACAGAAACACCGUUUACCUUCCCGCCGGAGCAGUACCUAUUUAUCUACUUGCACUUUGAUGUGCUUUCGAACUGCUAGGUUGGCAGGAGCUGGGACCGAACAACGGCAGCUCACCCCGUCACGGAGAUUCAAACCGCCGACCUUCUGAUCGGCAAGCCCUAGGUUCUGUGGUUUAGACCACAGCGACACCCGCAUCCCUAUAUAGAGGCAUACUGCUGCCAAUACUGGAUACAGUACACUGCCAUCAUGACUAAUAGCCACUGAUAGGCUUAUCACCCAUGAUGGCGUAAUAAAAAGAAACCAAUAUAUAAAUAAAUCUCUUCCAGAUAUGCUUCUGAACUCAGUGACUCUGAUCUAAUACAAAAAACAUUAAGAUUUCCAAAAGAAUGCUUAUUGAUACUCUUAUUUCUGCUCAGGUUUACCCAAAUGAACUUUUAUGAGGUUUAUUCGGAUAACCACAUACCUUCAACGGUGAACACUUUCAAUGAAAUUGGACCCGCGUUCAAUUUUUCUGUUAAGGUUGGUAAAUAUUUCUGCUAGCUUUUAAAUGCCUAAGAAAUAUUUGCCGUAUUUUUCGCUCUAUAAGAUGCACCAGACCACAAGACGCACCUAGUUUUUGGAGGAGGAAAACAAGAAAAAAAAUAUUCUGAAUCUCAGAAGCCAGAACAGCAAGAGGGAUCGCUGCACAGUGAAAGCAGCAAUCCCUCUUGCUGUUCUAGUUUCUGGGAUAGCUGUGCAGCCUGCAUUCACUCCAUAAGACGCACACACAUUUCCCCUUACUUUUUAGGAGGGGAAAAGUGAGUCUGAUAGAGCAGAAAAUACGGUAGUUUUUGCAUUUCCUCCUAAAGCAUAUUGAACUAAGCACUAAGCCAAGGGCAGCUUAUUGGGCUGGAGCGAGAAUAAGCAGGGCAUGCCAGUCCCAAGGGCAAUGGGGCCGUGGGUAGGUUGCCACAUAUCUGCUUCUGCACAGCCCUGGGCAAAGGUGGGAGGGAGCAAACUUGAAAGUCAAACUUACCCCAUCUGCUCAACAUGGUCUACUUUUGCUCUAGACUUAAGGUCUUCCACCAGUAGCACUGCUAUUUUAUGUUUAAAAAGGUAAAGGGACCCCUGACCUAUUUUAUGUUUAGGUUCUUAAUUUAUCUGCAUUUAUUAAUAUGCUGCCUUUGCUGCAAGUAUCUGAAGACCACAUUCAUGGCUUCACCCUGUUAUAUCCUCACGACAAUUCAGUGAGGUGUGUUGCACUAAGAGAGAAAUGACCAGGGAUCCUCAUCAUCUGACACAAUGAUGAUGGGUGUGUCUCACAAGACUGUGCUGAAAGGACUCAUUGAGUUUCACUAGUGAACAUCUGGGAUCCUUUCCACGUUGCAGCUGUGCAUACAAAGCCCUGUGCCUAUGCUUUGCCUGAAGGCAUAAUGUUUUGGAAACUUUGCCAGUUUUAAGCCAAAUGCAUACAUGCCAUCACACCCUGACUUGACACCCAGAAAACCCAAACAUUCUAUGCUUAGAAUUUUUUGUUGGGAUCCAGGGGUUUCUGAAUUUUGUUUUUGAGAAUCCAAUGUCUUAACAAAAAAAUGACAUGUUAAAUAAUGAGGAAUGGGCGGGUAUAUGGGCCAAGAAAAGCAUUAUAGAGAAUGAGAAGAGGAGCUAGGAAAACUGUAUGGAGCACUGAAAUCAUAUCCCUUGGCUGCUGGAAGCUUUCUACAAUCCUCGUUCUGAAUUCAGUGUCUUGAGAAAAUACUCCCUGCACGUCUUCGUAGAAUUGUUUUGACACUGAGAAUUAGAAUGCUGUUUUUCUUAUCUUUUUUAAGGUUAAGUGAAAGCUUUUAGGAAGGCAAAUUCUGCCCUAGAGUCUAAAUUCUGCACGGUGCUUUGAUUGUGGUUCUACAAGUUCAGUUCAUAAGCACAUAUAUUUUCUAGUAGUAACCAUUUUUAAAACUUGUACUUUCCCACUGUUAAUAAUAACAGAAAACAAUUCUUACAAUAUAAACCAACAUCUGCAGGAGGUUAUCCAGAUAAUUAUUUGUUUUUCAGGUCACAACAGGAAGUAUUCCAGUAAGCAUGGCAUAUUUAAAGAUCCGUAUUCCAGAGCACACCGAAGGGAACAGUCCAUUGAUGUAUGUGACAGCUCUGCACACCAGUCAGGUGAAAAGAUAGUCUAGAUAUUUUAAUUACAGUUUACAGUUUGGUCAUCUACCUACUAUCCCUUGCUUUUUCCUGUAGGACUAAUUGCAGUCGUCAACAGGUUUACCAUACCCAUUGAGUCAAUCACCCAUCUCCUACUACCCUUCUGAGAAAAACCCCACCCCACCCUCCCACUAUAUAUAAGGGUCUGGUGACUUCUGUUUGAGUGUAUCUGAAGAAGUGUGCAUGCACACGAAAGCUUAUACCCAGAACAAACUUAGUUGGUCUCUAAGGUGCUACUGGACAAUUUUUUAAUUUUUUAAAUUUAUUUUGACUCCGUUAGACCAACACUGCUACCUACCUGAAUCUAGUUUACAACACAGUAAUAAAGGUGACAUGAAUGCAAUGCAGUAUGGAAAGAUUAACAAUGCUAGGACAUCCUGCACCACCAUUCCAUUGUUUUGCCACUGAUUAAGGCUGCAAUCCUAUACAUACUUACAUGGGAGUAAGUUCCCUUAAACUGGUGAGCCUUAAUUCUGAGUAGGUAUGGAUGCCUGUAGUUCAAGGCUGCCAUCAAGUAUGGGAGUAAAGCUAUCUGUGCUCAAUUGGACUUUACUCUUAAGAGAUUUGAAAAGGAUUGAACUUAAUGCAGCGGGGGCUGCAAAACAGAAAUGCUGCCUUCUGCUUGUGUGAAAUGUCCUGUCAGUUCUAGUUCAAUAAUACAUUUUUUAUUUGACACAUGCAGUAAGGCCAUUGCAUAGAUAAAAGCAGUGGGCAUGAGCUAAUCAGCUAGAUAAAAUCUCCAUGUGCUCCUUCACAUCUAUUAUUAUUAUUAUUAUUAUUAUUAUUAUUAUUAUUUAUUAUACUCUUUCUAGGGUACUGAUAUCAGCUGUGAUGCACGGAUCAAUCCAUAUAAAAUAGGACAACAAAGCUAUACUGUGUCAUUUAAGAAGGAGAACUUCAAAGCUAUGAAAGAACUGGUGAGUUGAAUUUAUGAUAGCAGGAGCUGAGACCCUAGUUAUUUCAUUGUUAUUUAUAGAAAGUGAAUACCUAGACACUUCAUAGUUCAGUUUAGGAGCUUCUUACACCUCACAUGUCAAUCUAGCACCUAUGACUUAAAUCAUCAUGUGGUUCGGGUUAACCAGCUCUGUCUUAACUAGAAAUUGUCCUGUCUGAAAGGAAAUGGAAAAUUCAGGUUGACUAUAUGUCAGAAUUUACAGGUUGCUUGUAGUAACCCAUGGAAAAAUUCUUGCAGCUGGAAGAGUUGGUGCUUUGGGUAGCAGACUAGAGAUGAAAUUAUAUGUUUUCCUCCUUUGCUAUCUCAGGUUGUUUACCUGACAUAGAAAUAUGAUUGUAAAACUAUACUUUGAUAUAUUCAUUUGCCAUUGAUUUUAAGGUGUUGCUAUAAGUGCACAGUUAGAUUUAAAUGCACACUUGGAAUUGUAAAGUGUGAAUGAAACAAACAUAAGUUUGAAACACCUGUGUCAUACAGGCACACUUAUGAAGAGCCCAGGAUAUUGAUAGUAUGUUCAGUGGCAACCCAGAUCUGUUAAUGUAUAAUGUGUGGAGCUCUUCAAAUCAGCAACAUAGCUUUAUGUUCUACAACGCUGCAGGUUUCUGCUGAACUAUGGAAUAACUUUUAAUGAGAAACGAUGAAUUCCUAAAAUAGAAUAAAAUUAGUGAAUUGCUAUACUGAUACAUUUUAAUGUUAUAUUAUCAUCAUCUCCCCCCUUUUUUUGCAAAAGAACUGCAAGAAUGUCCGAUGUGCUACAAUUACUUGCACACUAAAAGACAUCGUACUGAAAGCAGAGUAUUAUGUUAAUGUUUCUACCAGAAUCUGGAAUGGGACGUUUGCAGCCGUAAGUAACAUCUAUGUUUUAAUGAGUUACUGGAUAUUUUCUGUAUGUUUGAUAUUUAUGGAGGUAAAAAAAAAAGAAGGUAAAGGACCCCUGGAUGGUUAAGUCCAGUCAAAGGCAAUUAAGGGGUUGCGGCGCUCAUCUUGCUUUCAGGCCGAGGGAGCCGGCAUUUGUCCACAGAGAGCUUUCCGGGUCAUGUGGCCAGCAUGACUAAACCACUUCUGGUGCAACAGAACACUGUGACGGAAACCAGAAUGCACGGAAAUGCCGUUUACCUUCCCACCACAGCGGUACCUAUUUAUCUACUUGCACUGGCGUGCUUUCGAACUACUAGGUAGGCAGGAGCUGGGACAGAGCAACAGGAGCUCACUCUGUUGUGCAGAUUUGAACCGCCGACCUUCUGAUUGGCAAGCAGUGGUUUAGACCACAGCACCACCCGCAUCCCUUUAGAGCUAAGCACUAAAACACAAAGUUUUGUCUUCUGUUACUUUGCAUAACAUUGUAAAAAGAAAACAUAAAUGUAAAUGGAGGCUAAAUUAGGUGCAAUUAGGGGGGGAAAUUUGUUGCUACUUUAAAACGGGAAGAGAUGCUUUGAACUGCUAACUCGGAGACAUGAGCUACACAAGCCGUCAAAUAGGAUGUUGGAGCCCAGAAAGCUAGAAUGGGUUUUGCCACUUGAGUCUGCGAUUGAGAGACAUCACUUUUAGAUUCAGUCUCAUCUUAAAAGCUUCCUGCAUGUUGGAAGCUUGCAUAUCAGGGAGAAAGGUUCUAGCCUAGCCCUUUACUAAUUAUGCUGGCUUUCUCAUUUACAGGGAGAGUUAUUUAUUUUUUUAAUGUAGCAGGUGUGAUUUCCUGCACAUGCAGUCUGACGUGGUGCUGCCAAUUUUAUUUAUUUACUACAUUUGUAUACUACCCAUCCAACCAAAUUCUCUGGGUAGUUUACACACACACAAAAUAAAACAAAAUGCACAUUACAAAUAAAAUAUAAAUUGCAACAGCCGAAAGUCCAACCCAAAAAAAAUCCGACAACUGAUAUUAAUUAAGCACAGAAGCUAAAACAAUGUGAAACAAUGUAAAUUAGGCAUAAAAUUCAGCAAGGAGAAACUUAGUAUAAUAACAUAAGCAUUGAAUAGAUUCUGCUUUAAAGGAAGAACAAGAAGACCAUUACCUAGUACAUGAAAUACCACCUGCAAGUGUAAACCAGGCCAAGAUGUUCAAAUGUUCUUCCACAGACAAAGCUGCCCAAUUUGUAAUUGCUCGGAAUGGGAAAGAUGUCUCGAAUGUCACAGUGGGACAGUUAGCUUAAGAAAGUACUAUAUGCAUCGCUAUCCUGGAACAAAAGCAUUAAGUGGAAACACAGAUCCUGAAGACUUUGCAGCUGUUUGGUGGACUUUUAUGACAUAUAUGAGCAAUUGUCCCCAUAAGAAUGUUGCAGCUGCCAAAUAUGACUGUAUAUGGAAUUAUUCACGAUAUGCCUUGAUGUGCAAACAGCCUUUAAAGCCUGCUGUGUCUUUGGUCUUCUCUUGGAUCAUAUGGUGACCUCUUGCCACCCAUGUCUAGAUGUUCUCUUUUCUUCCAGAACAAGGGAGAGGGGCAGUUUUAAUAUCUCACAGCACAUAGCUUUAAAAGAGGUUUAGACCAGUGUUUCCAAAACUUGGGUCGCUAGCUGUUUUUGGAGUACAACUCCCAUCAUCCCUAGCUAGCAGAAACAGUGGUCAGAGAUGAUGGGAACUGUAGUUCAUAAACAGCUGGAGACCUACAGAGGACAGGGCAAUCCGUAGCUUCUAUCCCUGCUGGCUGUGUUUUGCCUCUACUGUUGGAGGCAGCAUGCCUCUGAAUGGCAGCUUGGAAACCACAGGAAGGAAGAGUUGCACUCAGGCUGUGCUUGCAAGCUUCCCAUAGGUAUUUUGUUGGCUGCUGUGAGAACAGGAUGCUGGACUAGAAGGGUCACCGGCCUGAUCAUAGCUGUCGUUUCCCCUUUUUAAAGGGAAAUUCCCUUAUUCCAAAUAAGAUUCCUCGCAAGAAAAGGGAAAAGUUGACAGCUAUGGGCCUGAUUCAGCGGGAUCUUCUCAUGUUCUUAUCAGAUUUACAGUGCAAUCAUAUAAAUGGCUACGCAGAAUACCGCUGAAAUCCCAUUACUCCCAGAUAAGUGUGUAUAGGAUCGCAGUCUUAAAUCCUUGACAGACUCAGCAUGGAGCUUAAAUGAGAAGCCAAGUUACAGGGAACCAGGCAGGGGGCCUUCUCGGUAGUGGCACCCGCCCUGUGGAAGGCCCUCCCACCAGAUGUCAAAGAGAAAAAUAACUACCAAACUUUUAGAAGACAUCUGAAGGCAGCCCUGUUUAGGGAAGCUUUUAAUGUUUAAUAGGUUAUUGUAUUUUAGUGUUCUGUUGGAAGCCGCACAGAGUGGCUGGGGAAACCCAGCCAGAUGGGUGGCAUAUAAAUAAUCUAUUAUUAUUAUUAUUAUUAUUAUUAUUAUUAUUAUUAUUAUUAUGCCUCCUAAGAUGGAACAAUAAGCACUAUGACCCCUUUAUAUAAAAGUUGAAAGUCGGGAGGUAGCUGUGCAUGCCGUUUCUCUAAUACCAUUGUGUUCCUUUUUAAAAAGGCUCUGUGCCUUAAAUAAUUGCCUACACUUUAUGAAAACCAUAUAUACUUUAAUUGGGAUAUGCUACAUUUUUCUGUUGCAGUCAGCGUUCCAGACAGUAGAGUUAUCGGCAAGUGCAGAAGUGGAUACAAACGAUCCAGAUCUAUUUGUGAUUGGAGAAAAUGCUUUAUCAGUGAGUCUGACUGUUUUAUGCUCCAGUCUUGCCACGCUAAAAGCUAUUAUGUCAUUUUCACGCUCAUUUAAAAACACAUGGCGCGCUGUAUCUUCCUCUUAUAAAAAGGCUACACUGCUGUUACUGACAUGUAUAAAUUGUUGUGUGAGUUUUAAAGUUACUGGAAACUUAACAGUUUUAUGGCAUUUCAUCUGGCCAAGUUUUGGCUCAAAGGAAACCUAAAGCUAUCUAUAAAACUUUAAAACUUUGUUAUUCAAGACAGUUUUAUUCAAAAUGGAUGUUUGCAUGAAUCUGAUAAAAGUUGAUACAAAAGCAUAUUUUUUUAUAUUAAAUUAGGAGCUUGCAAACCUUCAGAAAAGAAGGUGGCUUUAGAUGAAUAGAUAGAAAGGAAGCAGCAAUGGGAUAUGGAAGUUUGAUUCCCAAUGCUGAGACAAUGUAUGGUAAGGUCUACUUAUGGAAAAGGGCUAACUUGUAUUGAUGCCUCUCCAGUCUGCCAGAUCUUCAGGAGAGACUGUAGUCUGUCAGGUGUCUCUCUCUAUGUAUUAUUGGGAUAUAUUAUAUAAUAUACUGUAUAAUAUACUGCCACAUUGAGCCUGCUGUCCAGUGGUGUGAUGGAAAAUGAAAAUGAAUAAAUGAUGGGUGUGUUGAUUUCAGAGCAGGGCUUAAAGGUUUUAUCCAGUUGUUUCUCUCCACUCAAGGAAGACACUUCAUUCUAAUGAUGGUUCCUUGAAUGGAAGGAAAAAGCACGGGUGGGCCAUGGUAAUAUGGUAAUUGGAGGGGUGAGGCCAUCUACAUGCCCUCUUGAUCCCUGUCUGUCAAGACUCAGGAAAGCUAGUUGGAUGGGACUGGCAGGAUGGGCUGGUGUAUCAUUACACAAGAGGCAUCAUCCUGAAGCAGGGAGUAGUGUCCCCACUCCUCAGAGUCCUCCCAGGACCUGGAAGAGAUGAAUAACUACCACUCGGUCUUGAAUAACUACCACUCGGUCUUGAAUGCCCCUAUUUCUUGUGUAGGUGAUUGAAACUGCUACUGUGGGAAACAGCCCACCCCCUCUGGCAGAUCCCUUUGCCCUAAGGGUCUGCCACAGGACGUAGGCUUCUGCCUCCAAGUCCCAGUUUCCCUAGGAGCAGCCCUUUGUAGCAGCAGCUAUCAAGAGCAACAGAGGCAUUUGAAAUGCUGCAGGAGGGCAAAAUGUCCUGCAUGGACGCCGUUGCCACACGGGUCUCCUGUUCCCCAGUGGGCAGCCAUUGAAAGCAAGCCUAGGCAAAGCAACAAAUGUUGAUUUUGUUUUGCAUUUGGUGCUGUGUUGAAGGGCUGUCUCCCCCAGCAUCCCAGUUAAACUGGGACUGCUGGAUAACUGACUUUCUCUUCCCUUUGCCCCUGAUGCCUUUUCCUUGCCUGGAUGGAGGAUAUAGAGAGGCAAGAGACUGUGUAUAGUAACUAGCCUAAAAUUUACAUUAAUUGCUGUGCCCACUUUUGCCUCUGAACCCCUCCUUACUGGCAUGUCACACACACACACACACACACAUAUGCAGAAGGGGUUGAAAAAUGUUUCCAGCCCCUGCUCUAUAUAACCAGGCAUAGGCAAACUUGGCCCUUCAGAUGUUUUGGGACUACAAUUCCCAUCAUCCCUGACCACUGGUCCUGUUAGCUAGGGAUGAUGGGAGUUGUAGUCCCAAAACAUCUGGCAGGCCGAGUUUGCCUAUGCCUGAUAUAAACCUUCCCAUUUUUAGAUCUGCAUCAAGGCCUCACUCCCAGUGUCUUCACAGCCGAGCAGGGACUUUUUCUUGGUGGGACCCCGGGUGUAAAAUGAUUUCACCAGAGAUGCUCAGCUGGUGCCUAUUUUCCUGUCUUUUCAGCAGUAUGUGAAUACAAUUACAUCCCUCGCCCAGUAUUUUAAUAGAUAAUUGAUUACAUUAAUGCUGUUAAAGCUGCUUUUACUGCGGCUUUAUAAUUAUAUGGUUUGUAAUAUUAAAUGCUUGAUUUAAUUUUUAUUAGCCACUUGGGAAGAUUCCCCCACCCCCAAAGAUGGAACAGAAAUCUCCUUAGCUAACUUUAAAAAACAAAUAAUUUUCAAUUUAUUGUGAUUUAAUUGAAUGUAAUUGCUGUGAGAGAAGUCUUGAUGCAUGAAUCAAAUUAAGGAAAUUGUUGUGGUUUCCCACACAGAGAGAGCGAGAGUUAAAAUGGGCUAUUUGCAGACUGCAAUAAUGAAUGAUUCCGCCUCUGCAAAAAUCAUUAUCAUGGUCAUUUUGUUGCAAAGUACUGUAUGUAGAAGACAGACACAGUGAAAUGUAUCAGUGUGUCCACACCCAAAACAGCAGAAUAAUCAUAACAAUAAAGCUCUACUGGCAAUACAUCUGAAAUAUCUAAGUGGUUUACAGGGUGGAAUUGGCCAUAAGUUAUGAGAUUAUAUUUCAUCAAGCAAUUUAAUUGUAACUUUGCCUUUGGAAGUGAAAAAUACAUUAAAAUGUCCUUCCAGAUUUUCAGAGCUAAACUUGAAUUCCCAUAGAUCUUUGAAAACCCUAAAUAUAUUUCGAAGCCAACAAGAUCAUCUGUAUUUAUAAUUAUAUUCACUUUAUGGAAAGGAUGCCAACUCCUUGGUUAAUGUCAGGAUAUAUUGGAUGAUGAAGAAGAAAACAGCAAAUCCUUAAAGUUAUAUUCUUCCAAUUAUCCAACCUGUGGGUACAAUGGCUGUGCCUACAAAAUGUUUAGGAAGGAUUUAUUCCAUAUAUUUGAUUUCAUUCAUUAGGUGCAUCCUAAAAUAUUCUCUAGGUGGAAUACAUUGAAACAAAAUGCAGUGACUAUAUCAAUUUGGAAAUUAAAUCAUUCACCACCCAGCAACAAUUCAACAACAACAAAAUCCAAGCAGAGCAAAUCCUGCAGCCUCCCAUUUUCCGUUUCCCCCCUCAAAGGGAAAUACUGACCCCAGAAUUUCUGAGUUCAAGGAAGCCUGUUAUGUAGGGAUGCUGCUGGAAUCUGCCUUCACUGAAAUUCUGUCAUGGAGUCUGGAGUAUUUUAAUGGGAUAAAUUUGCAUAGGUGAAAUGUAAAAAGUUGGAGUAUCUUAUUCCUCCAAAGGUGCAUUACUAAUACUUUGCAAGAUAUUUGAAAGCAAAAAAAAAUGAUAAAUGGCAUACUUUUAAGUAAUUUUCAGCACCCAACAUAGUUCCUUCUUUUGUUCUUGGCAGACUAAUAAUAAUAAUAAUAAUAAUAAUAAUGUGUGCUUUUUUUGUUAAAAGUUGUGAGUGUAUGUGUCAGUUUCUGCUUUCUUCCUUUUUAACUUGUUUCAACAGGAACACACAGAGACCUGGUUCACACUACAUAAGCCAAGCUAUCUGGAGAUGAGCUUGCAGUAACUUUGCUGUUCCUUUUUACUGCCGCAGAGUUAAGACACACUAAGUUUAGCGGGUGGCGCUGUGGGUAAAACCUCAGCGCCUAGGACCUGCCGAUCGUCAGGUUGGCGGUUCGAAUCCCCGCGGUGGGGUGCGCUCCCGUUGCUUGGUCCCAGCGCCUGCCAACCUAGCAGUUCGAAAGCACCCCCGGGUGCAAGUAGAUAAAUAGGGACCGCUUACUAGCGGGAAGGUAAACGGCGUUUCCAUGUGCUGCGCUGGCUCGCCAGAUGCAGCUUGUCACGCUGGCCACGUGACCUGGAAGUGUCUCCGGACAGCGCUGGCUCCCGGCCUAUAGAGUGAGAUAGGCGCGCAACCCCAGAGUCGGACAUGACUGGCCCGUACGGGCAGGGGUACCUUUACCUUUAAGUUUAGCUUAGCAGGUCAUCUAAACCCAGUCUCGUAGUUGACCUUUCUCCUCACUAACUACAAACUGUAGCCAAGAACAAACCCCCCGAUACAUUUUGUGGUUAGUGAAAAGAGAGCUUCUUAACCGGGUUUGAACAACAUGAUAAGCCAAACCUUGGUUUAGCUCAGUUCAGUGUGGUGGUCAAAAGAAGCAGUAAAGAGGGAUGCUAUUGCAAGCAUCUCUCCUGCAGCCUUCAUAUUCCCAGUACGCUGAACUUCGGCUUACUGUAUCGUGUGAACCAGGGCACAGUGAAAGAUUUUUGCAUCUUAAUUAUUAUGAAAGUGCAAGUGCAAAAUUUAUUACCAAUGUUCUGAAACCCAGAAUUUCUGCUGGAAUUCAAACGAAGCAGAACAAAAGGCGAGAGCACAAUUACACUUGCCGCUCUAUAAUGAGUGGCCAAAGAAUGCAUGCAGAAUGCAUUGAUCACUUUUGUUUGAGAAUUGCUGCUGCCUUACCUUGUCUAACUACAACCAUUCUUUCUUUUAAGAUUCCGCUCACAAUAACAAAGCCCGAUGAGAAAGCAGACGUGCCGAUUGGAGUUGUGAUAGCAAGUGUCCUGGUCGGUCUCCUCUUGCUGCUAGCUCUAGUUGCUGCCUUAUGGAAAGUAAGUUAACGAUUAGGAAGCAAUUGUAGGGGAAAAGGCAAAUUGCCACGGAACUCCCACUCGUGAGGUGAGAGGCAUAGAUCCACCACUAGAGGCAGAAAGCUCCUGCACAAUCCACUCCGCUCUAGUGGUAAACAAUUGAGCUGUGCUGCUCUUAUGUCUUGUAGUCAUUUUCUCAAAUAUAUUUCAUUUUGUGGUUCCUGCUCAAUAGUAACCCAGUCAUUCCUGGCAUAGCAGAACUUAAGAACUGCUUUCCAAAAAUUUCCAGAAACCACUGAGAAAUCAGCCGUGCCUAUCUUGAAUUCACAUACUAUAGCUUUAUCUGUGGCUGGAUUUGAGCAUAAUGCUAAACUAAGGAUUAUGUGCAUGGAACGCCCAUUUUCAUGGUUUGCCAUUAUGUCUGAACCCAGAAUUGUGAUUAAUCUUAACCUUGAUUUAGAGAAAGAAGCAAAGGUCAGAAACCAGAGUCUGAUGUUGGCUUGUUUCUGUAAGCCAUAGUUUUCUGUGACAAACCAAGGUUAGUUGAAAACGAAAGCAAAAUCUUCCAUUCUCAUAGCAUGCUGUAGGGAAACAGGUGCCCUUGUCUGAGGCUCAUGCACAUAGCACAAAGCCUUUAAUUAAAUGUAUGAGCUAGCCUUAAGUAUCAUAUACUAUACAUAAGGAAAUUAUUUUAAAUAAAUGUAUUUCAGUGGUGUUUGCUAACCUCCUUAAAAACUUCUCAAAACAUUUUCUACAGCUCGGUUUCUUCAAGCGAAAAUAUGAGAAGAUGGCAAAGGAUGUGGAAGAUGUGGAUGAAAUUGCAGAACUCACUAAGGACAGAGAAUGAAUAUAGCAGGAAUAGCACUGUGUACACCGACCUUCUGAUUCACAAACAUUGCUUGCAUUCACACUGGUUCAACAACUUGGGAGUGCCUUAUGGAUUAUUUUAAUUUCUUAUUUUUUUUCAAUGAAAAUGUCCUUUUUUAUAGUUGGGGAAAAAUUUUUACAGGUACUAUUUUAUUUUAGCAAUAACUGCUGGUCAGUUUGGGGUUUUCUUUACAAGGGUUUAAAAAAUGUUUAUUUUUCUUGUUUGUAUUUUUUGUAUUUUAUUAAUAGCUGUUCUGAAUCAGCAGGACCAGAAGCAGUAAACACUGAAUUGUGCCAGAAAUACUAUGUUUGGUAUAUAUAUAUAUAUAUAUAUAUAUAUAUAUAUAUAUAUAUAUAUACACACCAUUGACUGUCAGGAUAAUCUUUGUUAAAACAUUAACACAGCUGCAGUCUAGAGCUGCUGGAUGUGUACAAAAGGCCUACAGCAGCGUACUCUCCAACCUAUUCACACCUAACACUAAGCCAAACUUAAUAUGAAUAAGCAAGAAUAGUGUCAUACUCAGAUCCUGCUGAUGGACUUCUUGUAAGCCUCUGAUUGGCUACUAUGAGAACAAGAUGCUGGAUGAGAUGGGCCACUGGAGUGAUCAUGCAGGGCUCUCUUUAUGAAGGCUGUGGCUGGAAGCUCUAAGACAGCAGGAAGUAUCCACUCCUGCUGCGGCUAUUCUCUCUUGCAUUUGUGGGUGACCAUUUUUAUUAUCACCCACAAAUGCAAGAGAGACCAUUUUUAUUAUCUAGACAGCAUCUUAAAAAGCAGAGACAUCACCUUGCCAACAAAGGUCCGUAUAGUUAAAGCUAUGGUUUUCCCAGUAGUGAUGUAUGGAAGUGAGAGCUGGACCAUAAAGAAGGCUGAUCGCCGAAGAAAUGAUGCUUUUGAAUUCUGGUGCUGGAGGAGACUCUUGAGAGUCCCAUGGACUGCAAGAAGAUCAAACCUAUCCAUUCUGAAGGAAAUCAGCCCUGAGUGCUCACUGGAAGGACAGAUCAUGAAGCUGAGGCUCCAAUACUUUGGCCACCUCAUGAGAAGACUCGACUCCCUGGGAAAGACCCUGAUGUUGGGAAAGAUGGAGGGCACAAGGAGAAGGGGAUGACAGAGGACAAGAUGGUUGGACAGUGUUCUCGAAGCUACCAGCAUGAGUUUGACCAAACUGUGGGAGGCAGUGGAAGACAGGAGUGCCUGGCGUGCUCUGGUCCAUGGGAUCACGAAGAGUAGGACACAACUAAACAACAACAACAUUUUUAUUAUGUAUUUAUUAAAUGCUUCCUGGGACAGAGUUCCAUGGCCAAAAGACCGUGUUUCACCCAAAAAUGCAUGGGAGCCCAUGGUUAUAUCUACAUCUGGGGCCAUAUUCUAGAAGUAUUUAGGCUAUUAUUGGGCUAUUGUUAUUGCAAAAAAAUAUCUGCCUGAUAAGCUGUUGGGCCCUUCCAAAGGAAUACAGCCGUCCAGCCUCCAAAUUUGUGUCUUUAAAAUCAGGGAAAUAACUUUUGUUGAAGAUUUGAAAUGAUAAGUUUUCCAGCCCUUGAAGCUGGAAGUUUGCAAUCCUGCAGCUUUCAUUCAUUUCCAUUAAGCCACAUGUUGCAAUUUACACACUCCAUAGUUUCUACUGCCGAUACUAUUUUAUUGCACUUUUCAAACUGGCACGAAUCUGCAGUCCUGCUGUAAAUCUAAUGUAAAUAUAUAGGUUUAUAAACCUGCACACCUUUAAAAAAAAGGUAUUUUAAAAUGUGUUUUUGUACUAAAGAAUUCAGUAAGGCAUUAUUUUAGUGGAAUUUGAAGCAAUGUUAAGUGUCACAACAGAAUCAGAUGUUCCAGAGGCAAAGGUCACUCAACUGCACAAUUGACUUUCCCUACAUAUAGCUCCUCUUUUGUUUGUUUCUCAGGUGCAAAUUCAUCCAAUUUCCUUUACAAUGGCUUGUUAAGGAUAAUCCUAUCUGUCCAACUUUACCCACCCAGAGAAAGCAGGGCACAUUCUGAACCCAGGAUUCCUUAACCCUAUUUAAUGGCAAAGCUAGGAUUUCAACUGCACCAGCACUGUUCAUUACAAACUAGUGUACUGAAUACAGCAUUUAUUGGAAAUUGUAACUCCAAGGAGCCUGGCUCUACUAAUAUACAUUCUGCUGUGUCAACACCAAUUGAAAUUACCAGGAAGCUGUGAGCAAUUCUCAUAAAGGCUUUAUUUGUACAGGACAAAACUUACCUCUGUGAAACUACUCUAGGGUCUUCUGCAAGUAACCUGAAAGAUGGUGCUGGCACAAGCUGAACUCUCUGCAUUUGGGGUUUGUGCAGAAGUUCAAAGUAAACCUUGUCCUCCCCACAUUGUUAUGUACAUUUGCACUACCUUUUAAAUCCAUUGUAUAUAGCGUGUUCUCAUUUUUUAUAUGAUGCAUCCAGGUGUAAUAGUUUGCCUUUGUGUAUGUAUAUUUUGCACUUUUAUUUCAGAACGGAAAUAAAAACGGAUCUGCCUUGAGUAAAAUUG